AUGGUGUUUAGUACCUUCAUUAUGCUUGGUGUGCUGUGGGUUGCAAGGGCCGAUUCAAACGGUGAGUAUUGAACCAGUAUCCAUGUAUGCCGUUAUUUCCAUCAAAAUACAUCUGGUCUCUAAUUUCUUUGAGCUCUUUUUUUUUUGUUCGCUGCUACCCUUUUCUUGUACUGGUAUCAAAUUUAGGAAGUCUUUAUAUUUAUAAGUUUGUGAUCUAAUGGAACUGUUGCACUAAAGUCGCAUCGUUAUUUCUCUCAUGUUGACUCGACACUCAUCACGUUUCUAUACUAAGUAAAACUUCCUAACAGCCAUUUUCAAGAGAACACGUUAACUUUACUUUAGAGUUAGGCUACAACACUUUGUAUAUGAAACUCACAAACAGCUGAAUUCAGUUUCUCUUCUAAAGAAACGCUGCAAAACGAUGGGUAAAUCAUUUGUCGGCUAAACUUUUGAAGUGAUGAUUUAACAUACUCGCAGCAUUAUAAGAUCAGAAUGCCUUUUCCAGGAGAAUUAAUUAACGUCCAACUUGCUGUAAUUAUGGCAAGAGUUUAUGCUCUGGUAUGUUCUUAUCUCGCUCUACUGGUAUUGGAUGAUGGCAAUGAGUCAUUUAUAGAACAAUUUGUCCCUUUUGAAUUUAUUACAAACAGCUACAACAGUAAUGUUAAACCAAUCAUAAUUAUAUUAUAGAGACAUAAAUCGGGUUGUAUUCAGCCAAGAUCACAUAUUUAUAACAUGCUCAUGUUUCUUGAUCAUACAUCCUCUGAUCAAAACUGUCACUCAGGAAUUUCAGGCAAUUUAUUGAUCUUGCUGUUUUUGCGUUUCAUCAAAAACUUCCCAUUAUCAGGCUGUGUUUAUCGUGGGUCCUAAGUCUAUCAUCUCUGUUUACCAUUCCUUUCAAAUUGUUUCCAUUGUUUCCCAGUUGUUUCAAAGUUUUGCUUUCUAAACAAACAACAGUUAUGCCAGUAAGAUGUGCUUGUCAUUUUGUAAACUAGUCAAUGGACGAUCGAGGCACUUUUACGAUAUUUUUAUAUUCAAGUUAUUUCUUUUUCGUCUUUUUUUUUCGUGUCGGCAAAAAAUCCUCGAUGACGGAAAGUUGUCAUUCAACUUAAUUGUGUUGAACUGUCCUUUUUUUGUUGCUGUGAUGUUUCUUUUUCAGCAUUUCUAAAAUAAGAAUCCCAGUUUUCAAGCCCCUUUGGGCGAUUGGUUAAUGAAGAAAGAAAGGUCAAAAGCUCAAAAUGUGCUGUACCCACUGUUGAUUUGAGAAAAAAAAGAAAAAAACAAACAAAAAUAAGACAGUUUGCACAAUACGACCUUAGGAGAGGGCACUGAUUAUUUAGAACACUCCUUCCUAAACAAGCAAUCCGACUGCUAAUACGAAAGCUUGAAAACUACCGCCUCGAAUCGCCAAGGCAAGCCUACUCUUUACAAAUGCUACCAAAGUAUGGACAUCUGUUCUAUUGGCCUGAAAGAUCCAAACUUAAACUCCAAAAGUGUUUACACCCCUUGAAACCCUCUCUAAACCACUCUUACUGUCCGAGUGCGGAGCAGUGUCCGACUGACUGAUUGGUCUGAUCGUCCCGAUCACCAAUAAGUAUUUCAUUUGCGCAAUGAAUUAAUUGAACCUGAUAGUAUCGAGCAAAAAUUCUUAUGUUAGACAUCUCUUCUAUUUACAAAGGAAAAAUUUCAUUACAGAGGAAAGCAGGCCUAGGUACCCCGUCAGUAUUUCGUUCACUCGGACUGUUGAAUUUAUAAACGUAUUUCCAGUCGUAGUCCUUGAAUUAUAGCCACCCUCCAGGCUCUAAGCCUCCUCAAUGGACACUAGCUGAACGAUGAAAAUAGAUCUGUUUUGGCUAUAUGUUGUCAAGUUUGAGGUUUCCGGCUAAAUGAAUGAAAUAAUUUGUCGCAGUGAUAAUUUGGCAGAAGACCCAAGUGUGUAAUCAAUUUCCGGUCACUUGGCAAUCUCACGCCUUGAAAUUCACAGAUAUACAAUGAAACCUAAAGAAUCAGUGACAAUACACAGAUCUUCCCUUCUUUGAAAAUUCUGCGUUCAUAAAAAAUGUCAAAUAAAGCCCCAGUUUGUUCAACCAAAAGAGAGUAAACUGAAGUUAACUGUUUCAAACCCAUGAGCAUUUCUGAUCAUGGCAUUUUCAAGUUUGCCCGAGUUCGUAAGGCUUAUAGGUGGCGCGCACAGCUUAUUCCACGACACGUAAUCCACUUUAAGCUUUUAAAACAUGCUAGUACGGAAAGUGCAAAAUGGAUAAAACAAACUCGAAUUAAAGCUCUUUUUCCCUGUAACAAUGACAUAUAAUAUAGGGCGUAAUAUUGGAGUUCUUGUUUUGCCAUCUUUAACUCAUAUUGGCGAAAGCCAAAACGAAGGAGGAAGUCCUUUGCUGUAUACAGCCGUUGCGAGAUAGGUCGUCGGAAAAAUGUGCACGCGUCAAUACCGAAAGGUAAUGUGGGAUAUGAUCAAAUAAACUGUGCCUGACUUUGUAGCUCUCGAACCUACUUUUGUUGCUUUCCUUUAGCACUCGCUAUCAUACGUCCAUGGCCUCUCGUGCCAUUCUUUCAAAUUUCUUCGAAGAACAGUUAACUCAAAACCACCUACAAUUAAAGCUUUCGGGAUUGUCGCGUGCACUUUUUCCGACAACCUUUCUCGAAAUUAGAGCUUUAAAUUCAGUGGCUGAUCGAAGGCAGAUUAAAGAAUUAUACUGAACCAAAUACGACAUUGCUUUAAGCAGUGUCGUGACAAGAGAAGUUGAUUCUCUCGUGCACUUUAGUAGGGGGUCAUUAUUGGUGACUAGGUAACUUCAGUGUCUCAUCUCAUCAUGUACGGUGCAUCUCAUAAUCGACUAAUGCAGCCGUCUCCUACCAGAGAAUCGCAUAUCCUACCCAUAUCGCUUUCGUAAUCUUGCGCGCUGGCUGGCUUGCCAACGGGUAUGAUGAUGCUUUCCUAGCGGGCACACUAAGUAAAUGCUACCAGAUUCAAUACUGGUUCGUUUGUGUGGUGAUUUCCUCCUAACUUCUAGCCUGCGAAUACAGCCGUUUCGCGAGUUGCAAGGAGUAAAGACAAACGACUGUAUUCGCAGGUUACCUAACUCCUUAAGGCGGCUACAUUCACGUUCGCAAUUCUUUUUUGGUUACUGACGAACAACACAAUUUCCCUUUUCGCCAGGCGCCGAGACCCGUUUCACCAAACUGUUUUAAAAACCCUCCAAGAAGAAGUCCAAAGAGGGAUUGAAUUUGGUUAACAGUGUGGACCUGGCGUGAUUUCGAACCUUUUUAAAGACGAUAUGGGUUUCAUUUUCAUCACUUAAAGUGCUUUAGUUUUCACUCAAAACAGCUGCAAGCCACAUUUGUGCCUCGACCGUCCUGAUUCUGCUAGCAUGACAUAAAUAGAAAACUAUGCUUUUAAAAAAAAAUACGGUAUAGGUGCAAGAGAUGACUAUAGGAGAACGGCACCAAGCUACAGUGCAGGGACGAUAACCUUUAGAACUGUAUAGCCCAUCAAAACCAACGUCGGAGGUUUUAUAAACUUUCUUAAACUAGGCCAGUUUUUCACCCCUGUUACGUCUUUCUAGUUAUAAUUAGAUUAUGGUCAUUCAUUUUACUCUCUAUACAUUGUUAUCGCCUCGUUAGCAAUAUUUUGCUCUUUGUUAAAAUAACGUUUUUUCGGUUCCCUUCUAGCAUUUAGAGCAGAUAAGACUAAUUUUUUCAAUAUUGUGUUUUAUAAUUUGUCUUAAUCUUUUCAAUGCAAUCUUGUCUCUGCACCUUUUUAGCAUUUAACUUUACAUCAGUAAGUAAUUGUUUCCAUGUUGUUACUUCAAUCUGUACGAUACUGAGUUGAAGAGAAUGAAGGCACAAAUCUACAAGGAAUUAACAAACAGAGAAAUUCCGUUUUUCUAAUUCUCCUCUAUUCCCUUCGCGAGCGUUGCUUUGCCUCUUCUGUAAACCUUUUUAGGUGUAAAAAUAUUGCCAGGUUUUGUUCAGGUAUGAAUAUGGGACUGCAUGGACUUUUCGCAGAAGCACGCAAGAUCCUUUUAUUUAGAAAACGCUGUAACAUACACGCAACUGUCCUGAUUCAUUCAACGUUCUCUCUUUUCUUUCGUUUGCAUUCCCUUUCUUUUCUUUUCAAAAUAGCAUUUCAAUAUGUCUUAUUCCCUGAAAAUCACGAGGACAUAAUUUCUUGAUGACGAUUGGUCAGCCUUUCUCGUUCUUGUGUGGUUAAGGAUGAUAAUCAUGGUUAACGUUUGCUUGGGGCAAUAUUAAACAAAACCUACAAUCGAUGUUUUUGGCAAUAAACUCAUUUCCAUACUAACACCCCAAAAAAGACCCAAAUUAUAGAGGGCGUAAAAUUGAAACUGCUUUCAAAUCUGGAUAUACGCUUUGGUGACUUUUAUGUUACGAAUCGUGCGCAAGAACAACUUUCCAUUUGUGACAUUUUUCAUUUUCACAUAAAAAUAAAUAACUACAUUUUAAGAAAAAGUAAGUCUUAAUUUAGCCUGGGUAGCACGCGUCUAACUUUCGCGGGUUAGAAACGAGAUGUCGGCUGUAUUCAAUAUUAUUAACAUCUUCUGUAAUUCUCACAACUAAUUUUUCUUUCCUUUCAGAGCUUGAUCCACCUAGUUAUCUUGUUGGGUAUGUAACUGGUGAUACGUCGAUCAAACUCUCCUGGGAAGUUAAAUCUUCUUCAAACAAUACAGUGUUUGAGCUAAGGUGGAAAAUAGGCGACAACGAAUCGUCUAUGUUGCUUCCCGGUUCAACUGGAACUAUCACACUAAAGAAUCUCCGAGUUUACACUCAGUAUCUCUUUCGAGUAAGAAAAGGUACUGUGGAUGACAAAUGGGGUGCAUUUACCAAAUUCACAAGUAUCUGGACCCCGGAGGGAGGUAAGAAUAUGAACGGUUAUGACAAAAAACAGCGUUAAUUGGUCUAUUCUCAGACCGUAUAUUUUUUUCUUUGAAGAUCGUUCGGCGCAAGUAUGAACUGCCUGAGAUUCAUUAACUGCCAGCGCAGUGGGGUUGGGUGGGUAAAUGCCACUGUCGUUCUUGCAUGUUCAAAUAUCCUGAAACAAGUAAACAAAGAAAGAAAAGACGAACACGUCUAUGGACAGGCUAAGUGUUAACAAGACAAAUCAUUAUUAUUCUUUACAAAAGGGGCAAAGCCCAAAAAUAUUAAAUCGUGGGCAUGUGCACCUCAUCUCACCUCAUGUGCAAACAUGGAGGCCAUAUAGAAGGGAUUACGCCCGCAAUGAAUGAUCAGAUUUCUGGCAAGCUCCGAACAUGUCUCGUUAUCCGGUAUAUGACAUUUGCAGACUGCAGACUGCCGACUGGAGACCGCAGAUUGCAGAUUGUAAAUUAAAAGACACUAAAACUCUUCCUAAUAAAGGUGACACCAUCAAAAAUAUAACAUCGUGUGAAAGUGAGAAAGUAGCCUGGGAACAAGGUUGAUAUUUUUGCGCAAAGUUACAUUGGCCUCAUUUCCAAGUUGCUGUUGGCUAUUCUUUUUAUUAACUCACCCGGCAUAUCACUAAUUGUGAUGAUUCUUUUUUCUUCUUUGAAAUUGAUAAUGACAAGUAGUAAUACCCACUAAUGCCUGUCUAAAUAGUAGUCUUCUGUAAAAAAAAAAGUUUUUAGAUUGCGAACACUUCGUCCUCACUACAGUUACAUUGACACAAACAACUAUGAUAGAUCACGGACAUUUAACAUCUUUUAAAUGACGUAUUUCAGCAAAAUAAUCUAAACCGAACAGAUCCUACGAAUUGCCGAAAGUUCAUUUUGAAUUUCUAAAUAGGCAACUUGACAAUGGCUUUUUUAACAGGCCAAUCAUUGCUCAUACUCAAAUCCUAGUACACAGGUAGGGACCCCGUAGAGUAAGGAUUCCGGCCCUGUUUCGCAGACUUAUAUAACCAGAGUUUAGUUUCAUCUGUGGUGUAGGCUAAAUUGCUGUGGAUUUAUGGGCGAGUUUGUGACAUCGGCAGACAUUAUUCUGCUCCAAUUCAAUACGAGAAGAACAGCCAACAACUCCUUCAGGAAUGAGGUCGGUGUAAUUUGCGUGAAAAAUGUAAACUUCGCUUCUAGGCCUUACAUGUACUUCUCGGAACAAGGUAAUGUUGAUGAUGACGCCACCUUUAUUACGAUAUUUUUGGUGUCAUUCAAUUUACAGUCUUGCUGCCUCAUGCAGUCUGCAGUCUGCAAAUGUCAUACACCGCUCAUUAUCCGGUAGCGUCAGGUCAAAAGCGUAACUCUCUUCCUUUAAAAGGGUCUAUGUUUUACCAAAGGGGGCAAAACCAUCAAAUAAUUUGCUUGGUCGUCAAAAGAAACUUUAAUUUUAUGGGUGUGCAUGGUUCGUCUCACCAGGAGAAGACGCUACGACUAUGAAUUAAGAGUCAAACUUUUCAGUCUUUGCCCGUAAUUUCCACAGUCUCUUUCCGCCAAACUUUAUUUAAUUUCAUGUGCCAUUUUUAUCAUUGGAGAGUUGCAAAAUUUGAUUUAGAAACAUCUUAGUUAAGAACCUGUUGAGAUACAAGGGAAAAGUAAAAUCACGCGUAUUUUUUUACUAAUUAAAACUUUUAACUGAACUAAUCGCCAUCUAUUUUGUAAUAGUACCCACAGCCCCGCCAGACAGUGUGACAGCAUACAACACCAGUUCCUUCAGCAUUAUGGUGUUUUGGUCGCAAGUUCCCAAUCGCUACCGUAACGGCCUGGUGGUUGGUUACAAAGUCUGCUAUAAACGUGCCGAUAUCAAUGAGAGUGUGUUGUACUGCAUAGCUGUUUAUGCCCUGGGGAUGGAAAUUGGGGGCUUGAAAACAUAUACACCUUACUGGAUCACAGUCCUGGCUUACACUACCAAGGGCGAAGGUCCAACGAGUAAACCUCUAUUGGUGUGGACUGAUGAGCACGGUGAGUGAAAUUGUCGUAAAAUUUUUGUCAACAAAGUUUUUAGAUUCAAAACUUAGCCGAGGAAAGACAACGAGCAGUUGUCCCAACUCUUCGACGGGCUAAAUUUAUCGCGAAUCUUGCCCACGUUAACAAUAGUGGAUAUGGGAAACGCCUUGAGGACGAGGUUGCAAUAGUGGUUGUUGAAUUAUGUUUUAAACGAAGUUAAUGGAAGCUAACAAAAAAUCUCUGGUAAACAAUUAAGAAAAUCAAAGGAAAGCUCUAAGAAGUCUACAAGGAGUGUCUCCUGAAGUAAAAAGUAACCUUACUUCCUACUGGCUGAGGCCAGACAAACAGGCUGACUUUAAUUAUUGACUGACUACUGACAGAGUGACUGACUGACCUACGGACAGACUGACUGACUGACUUGUGACUGACAGACAGACAGACUGACUGAUUGACUGACUGACUGACUAGUGACUGACUAACAGACUGACUGACUCACUGACUGAAAAACUGACCGACUAUCUGACGGACGGACAGACUGACCAACUGACUGACUGAGGGAUGAACCUUUUGUUUUUGAUACUAAGAAGUGAUGGUGCAUUUCAGUUUCCGAUUUUCUUUGUCUUUCAGUUCCGUCAGCAGCACCGAAAUUAUUGUCUUUUUCAUCCAACAUCACUGCAAUCAAAUUUUCUUGGGCCCCAAUACCUCAAAAGCACGUUAACGGAAUCUUGCGUGGUUACUACGUCAUCUACUGGCAGUGGCCGCGGGCGUCUCCUGACAAUCUUGUGAUUCAAGUAAACCAGUCAACUCUCAGCGUGGUCAUUACAGGUCUCCAGGAAAACACCACAUAUGGGAUACGCCUGGCAGGGCUUACUAAAGUCAGGGGCCACAUUAGGAAUGGCGCUCUUAGCCAUACUUAUAAUGUUACUACAAAGUAUGGUAAGGAGGAAUGAUUUUGAUAUUUCUCGUCAAUUUAAUGCUGAACUUUUGUAUCACUUUGUCAGAGUCACGUGUCUACUUUUUCUGCGAACAUCAAAUCGGCAGAUAACAUCUCUCUAUCAACAUUAAACAACAGCAUUAUACCUAACUGACUUGAAAGGGCGCUAUUCCGGUAAAACUUAGGUCUUUGUUGGAAAAUAGGGGGAGACCAAACAUCGGUGAGUGUUGUUUAAAAUCUCUAAUUUUGAAGUUAAUGAUUGGUGGUAUUAAGAUUACAACGAGGAUAAACUAUUAAUUUGUUGAAAUUAUUAUAGUUGGAGAGUAAGCGAUUUGUGUGUACAGAAAGAAAGUAUUAGAGCAAGUAGAGAAUGGGGGAGAAAUAAUCAAACUAACCGCUGCUUGAUUAGCUCAGUUGGGAGACCUUCGGUCUGCUAAGCGGUGGGUCGCGGGUUCAAACUUCGGUCGGACCGACACUCAGGUUCUUUACCGAAAUAACUGAGAAGACAGUGCUACCUUUGUAAUGACAUAAGCACACGGUAAGACUUUCUAGUCUUCUCGGUUAAGGACAAAAAACCGUAGGUCUUGUUUCACAGCACUCUCACGUAUCAGGUUCUAGUAGGAUGGAAAAGAACCCACACCACUGUUCGAAAAGAGUAGGGGACGUAAACGCCGGUAGUGUGGCCAACCUUUCCUGGGAUAGGUGGGUUAUCUGUAAGGAGAUACCUGAAUAUAGGGGUAACCUUACGUUCCUCCUUUAGAUGUCGUAAUGGCUACCUGUAAAUAGUGUAUGAACGUGUCGAACUACUACUGAAUAUUCAUUGUUAGGUCUUAGUCACUGUAAUGUACGGCUUAAUAAGUCACUAGCUUUAAACACUUGCACUUACGACAGGUUAUUUGUUAAACCUCUUUAUUUUUCUCUACAGUCUUAAAAGCUCCGCAGAACGUCAAAGUAUUCAGUUCCUGUUCUACCUGCUUGAGAGUAAGCUGGGAUCCAGUUUACAUUCCUGAUAUUGACAAUCCUGUAACAGGCUAUCGCCUAAUAUACCGUGACACAUCAGGGAAGGUGUACACUAACGAACUUGGACCUAAACAAUCCACUGUUCAUCUGACGGGUCUUGUCAAGUUUUCUACAUACACGAUAACAGUGUCUGCAAUGACUGAAGCAGGAUCGGGGAGGACCAGUGAACCCAUUACUAUUGUCACGCUCGAGGACGGUUAGUUGCAUCCUCAUAUACCAUGACCCAUAAUACUAUGGUUAUAGUUUUUGUCAGUUUGCUGUUUUGUCGGUUGGUUUUGUUUUCGUUUUGUUUUUUGUUUUUUGUUUUUGUUUGUUUGGUUUUUUUUAUGUUUGCCAUCUUUUUUGUUUUUGCUUUUUCCCUAAUCACUUGUCGCGAUAAAAAAUAAGGCUCUAGAGUUCAAGUAAGUAAAGGAAAUAAAAUGGAACAGUCAAAUUAAAAAAUAUGUUAACAGGGUAAGCAACAGAGUUAUGAAAGAUGCACAUAAAUACUGACAUGUGAGUGAAUUGCGGGAGUGGGUAACCAGUAACCUCGGGAAGAUGUCUGAGGAACGAACGCAGAAAAUCAACACUGAUGAGGUCUCACUAACCAGAUCUGGGUGGUGCUUAUGAUUCGUUGAAUCAAAUUUCCCUCUCGGCACGACCAAUGGGAGACACUACCCGGAUCCCAGAUAUGAACAGUGACGCAUCGUCAGUAUGGAAGUUCUGCGCUCCUUCCUCGGACGUAAUUUCGCGGCGAAACCAGUGAUAUCGUCCCAGAAUGUCAGAUGUUUUCUCCGACUACUCCCGACAAAAAUAACACUGUAUUGUUGGUCUUAGUCCCUAGCCGCGCCCCAGUAUCAAUCCAGGUGCAAAGCACUGGACCUCGAAGUAUCUUAAUAGAGUGGAGCCCGGUCCCCCAGCAGUACGUACACGGUAUUCUACGAGGCUAUCACGUUUACUACAAAACGGGAAAGCCCAAAGUUAAACGUUCGACAAGUCUUGUGGGGGUAAUAAAGGCCAUGUCUGUUAACAAGUCGAGUCAGAAUUUGGAAAUAACAGGCUUGGAACCCUUCACCAGCUAUGAUGUUUGGGUUGCUGCGUUCACUGAUGCGGGCAGCGGACCAUCAAGUACUCCUGUCACCGUAGUUACCGAUGAAGAUGGUAAGUACAUCACGUGACUUUUCACAAAACAAUAGGCCACUGCGGAAAAUAUUAAAUAUUGUAUUCUUUAAGUUGUCGUUUGGAUAGUGAUUCAUGUAAACCUACUUUUGCAUUAUCUUUUCUACACAAAUAGCUCUUGCGUCCUUUCGCCAGAAAUUUGGGUACUGCAGCAGCAGCUUGUGGGUAUUGGCUCCUCUACUCAGCUUGUUUGCGUCACGGUGCAAACGCAGUUGUGAGCACCUUUGUCUUUUUAAUACAUUCAGAAACUUGUCAACGAGAGAAGUGAGACGGAAGGAAUUCCUUUUAAAAUUUACGUGCCGUUGUAACAAAAGAGGACGGAAUAAUUAUACGCUAUAGAUUUCUAUCAAUGGUAUUUUUGGAAAUCAGUCAUUGCACGUGCAGUGGGGCAAAGAGAGAAAGAUAAUGUGAACCCCAGGUUUACAUGAGGCUCUAUCCAAAUGGCCAUUUUGUAGGAUCGGAAGAACGGAGUUUUUCAACUCAGUUUGAACUUUUCCGACUUCAAUGUGACCAACGCAGUAACCUGGAAAAUGAACUUUUUUAAAUCGACUAUCAUGCAUCUGAAACUACUUUGUUCGUCUUCCUACUAGCACCAUCUCGACCUCCACGAAUUCGUAACAUCUCAGCUAAAACCUCUGAAUCGGUGUUCAUACGAUGGGAACCCAUUCCACAGCAACACGUAAAAGGAAUACUGCAAGGCUAUCAAGUGCAUUACAAGGAAGACAGCUCCCGCUUUCCGGUAUUAAAGAAGAUGAUCACGGUAAAUGCAUCUGUCACACACGCAACGUUGCACCACUUGAAGCCGAUGACCAGGUAUCGUGUUUGGAUCGCAGGCUUUACGGCAAAAGGUGCUGGACCUUCUAGCGAGAAAGAGUUUGUCUCCACGCCUCAAGCCGGUAUGUUUAAGAAAGUUGUAAUUAAUUAGGAUAUCUUUCAGAAUACAACACUAACAUACAAUACCCUAUACCGAGGCCGUAGAAGCUUUGCACCGGACACUGUAAGUUUCUUUUUCUUAUUCUUCCUUAUCAUCUUCUUCUUUUCUUAGCGAUAAAUUGAUUUUGGAGGUUUCAAUUGGGGUGCUGCGGGAGGUGUUGGCAAGGAGAGAAACAUCUCACAUUGCAUAAAACUCGAACUUGAAAAGAUCAACAAGUCCACAACACUUAGUAAAAUAUUAUAUACACCUCCGAAAAGUCAUCAACGGUAAAUUUGAUUACUUUCAUUUCAUAAAACCAUUUCUUAAUUACAUCCCAGUUCCAGACAGCCCUCACAGAGUGAAGGUGUUUACAGUGACCCCAAGGAGCGUGCGCAUAACAUGGCGUAGUAAUCCGGCCUCAACUAGCACCGUGACGCGUUACAUGGUAAAGUGGCUGCAUGUGGGUAACCCCGCUGACUCCAACGCAGAUGGUCAUAAGAUUGUGAAUGCGGGCUCUCCAUACCGCAGGGAAGCCCUGGCUGGUGGACUGAAGCCUUUUAACAUGUAUUCUUUUAUGGUGCGGGAGGAAGUUGGACAGGAUAACUGGAGCGAGUUUUCUGCUGCUGUGAAUGUCAUGAUGCCAGAAGAUGGUAUGUUGAAGUUCCACAAAAUUAUGCGAACUGUUUCACCCCUUAUACUAGGCUUUGAUAAAUUUUGCUCGUAAAAGUUACAUAAAAUGCCAUGAGCAUUGCUAAUAUAUUUCUAAAAUUGUGCCAAUAAUUAUGCUAGUUCUUGUAAAUUAUGCUCAUUUUAGAAGAAAAUGCAGAAAAUAUGCUUCUUCUUUCUACUUUAAAUUUGGUUAAGACACACAAUACAAAAAAAGCAAGUAAAUGGCAAAUACGUUAACUUUAUUUGCAUUUAGAAAGAGCAUAAUUCAUUGUUUGACAACGGAUGCAGAAGUUUUGAAAAUUAACAACCAGCAGGCGGACGCCAUCUUGGGUAGCCGAGCAAGUUAUGCGCAUGGGUUGAGUCCUAUGAAAAGAGUCUUGGGUGACCUCCUGUGGGACAUAGGUCCCAUGAAUUUGACAAUAAGCAAACAAAAAAAUUGAUUUGACUGACAUUCACAUUUUGGCGCCAAGAAUAUCAAAACCAACAUUUUGAAUUGCGUUUUUACCUGCACAUUUUUGAGGAGACCACAGAAGUCCUUUGUUGCUUUUUAGAAAAUUUGACUUCUUACAUACAUCAUGUGUAAUUUAUUUUGUAUUGUAGGAUUACCGAAAAUGUACGGAAGAACUCAGGUUUUCGUUAAAAGCAACAAAGGACUGCUAUGCACUCAAGAUUUAGUGUGUAGUUUCUUUAAGUUCAUUUGUUACAUUAUUCAAAGUGACAAAUAUAUUCAAUCAGUAAUAUUUAGUUGACUUUGUAUUUCCAUACAAACUUUUAAUUUUUCCACCAUCUUGUCCCGAUUACCCAUCAUGCCGUUACAACUAUGGUACGUUCGCUUUUUGUUUGAUAUGGUUUGAUAUAAUACUUGGGAGGUACAUUUCAAUUCAAAGUGGGCAGACGGCAAAUAGUUGUUACUCGAAAUAUGGUAACUGUCUGAGACGAAGCUGUGAUUUUGCCAACAACGACGCAUAGCUGGCAUUAUUAACAAAAUGAACUUUACAACCGUGACACAGCGUCUUUAAGCGUAAAUUUAAGAUGUGGCAGUCAUUUUUCUCACCCCCUCGCUUUUUACAAGAGUCGUUUUCUAUUUUUUGGGAUCGACGAGACAAAAUUCAGGAGGUUUUGUCAAUACUUGAAAACUGGUCUUACCUAUUUUGUAUGUAUCCCUUUUAGCUCCCUCGCCUCCUCGCGAAUUAUCAGUCAAGCUAAAGGAAGGAACUCGGUUGAUUCUGCAAUGGAGGAAACCUGAAGAAACUAAUGGAAUUAUCAAAAAAUACGAAAUCCAUUUUACAGACGGUGAUGGCGCUACUAAAACCUACACUUCACACUCCGAUUUAGGAAAAGAAUAUCAAACAUAUGAAGUUUCUCUUACUGAUGUCCAGAUGGUAUACGAGAUAAAGGUUUGGAAAAGAUAUAUUAUUAUAAUGAAAGGUCAUGAAAAACUUUCAAAAUCAAAGGCUUUCGUUGUUUUCUGUUAAAAAGGAUUUGUUUAUCGUUUGUCUCACGAUGGUUCGCCCAAUCGAAGAUAAUCCGGAUUCCGAAAUCUCGGAAUCUUUUGCCAGUAAAAUCAGCAAUCAUGGGCAUUGGAAUCCGGAAUUCCGCUAACCAUUGUAAACCAGAACCCAAGUUCCACUGACAAGGAAUCUGAAAUUCACUCCAGUACCUGAAAUCCGGAGUCUACCGCGUGGAUUCCAGACUCCAACCAUGCCUUUGAUCACCUUACAUGAUCUAACUGGCAUCGAGAUUUGCUCACCGAAGCUAACUUUGAAAAUAAGACCGUAGGACAAAAAUUCAAAACGCCUAGAGUGGAAAACAAAGUGAGAAAGGCCCUUUAAUUAAGCCUCACCAGCACCACUGCUGGUUUGCACGUGACGUCACGACGGCCAUGUUGGCGGCCAAGAACAACCCCUGGGAUCUAAACUCUAUUUUCAUGAAAAUUCUUCGAGACAAAAUUCUAUUGUAUUGACCCCCAACAUGGCCGUCGUUUCACGUGGUUGCAAACCAAGAAUUGUUAGGUAUCUUACUUUACCCUUUACACCCAGGUACAAGCCCAUAACUCGUUACCAGGACGAAUGAGUGAGGAGAUAACAGUGCACCACCAGCCCAAUAUUGAAACAUCUGAAGGUAACAAACGUACAUGUGCCUUAUUAUCACUUAUAUAUAUUUUGUCUAGCAUUCCCCCCCGGGAGGGGGGGGAGGUACCCAAACAAAGUUUUAUACGGGGAGGCUCUGCCCUAAGGUCCAUCCUCUUACCCUUUUAUAAACCAUUUUGGACAGAAAAGGUACCCUUUUCGUAUACUUUUUAUUGAACAAUGGUACCCUUUUUACAUACUUAAGUUUAGAACACUGAAUUCCUUUUAACUAGGUGCUUUCGAAGACUACAAUGACAGAUUUCCUUACCCUUUCAUAAUACUUCAACUAGUCGGAAACUUCUACCCUUUCAUAUACCGGAAGCCUGAAAAAGAUACCCCUUUCAGGCGGAACCCUCCCGUAUAAGUCAUUAUAAGGAGUACAUCUCCCCCGGAACACUAGACCAACAUUGACCAGAGUUAAGUGCCCUCAUUACCGUCAAAUCGUACCUGUUAGGGUGUCUUUGGAGGCAAAACAACGAGCUUAUUUUUGGUAUGAAUACAGUAUCAAAAAAAUAACUGUAAUGUACAAUCUAUAAUGAUUUGCGACAGUCUGUGACGCGGCCGGAAGCGGUAUGUGUCGUCGAUAUUCAGACGAUUCCAGGCACUACAGGCAAACGCGCACAAUUAUUUUAGUGUAAAAGGUAUGCCAUGUGUGUCAAACUCAAUUUUCGCGAACAUCUCGUCUAGCAUUAUGUGGCGUGUAUGACGUGAAGCAUUUCACCGAUUGUCAGUCGUGUUCCUGAUCAAAUGGAAACCACGCUUUAGAAGGAAAGGUUCGACCGUACUUUACAUAUGGCUCAAAAUAAUAAAAUUUUUUACCAGAUUGAUGGAAACUUUUCGGCACACAUCAACAACUUGCGUAGUCCUCCUGAAGGUAAAAAGCUUCACUUAUAGUUCUGAACGAAUAAGCACUAAUCGAUGUUUUCCUUUCACUUUCUCUGGACGCAUUGAACCUCUAUGCAGAUCAAAAACCUGAUCCUUCCAAGUCCAAUUUAAUAUGGAUCGUGGCUGGUCUUGUGGGAGCUAUUCUAAUGCUGGUGAUAAUUACUGCAUUCUUUCUCAUCAGGUACGUAUACCUUUUUCUCUUUUCUCUUUCCUUUUCUUUAAUUUUAGUUUCUCUUCUCUUCUUGUCCUUUUUUUCCCUCAAAACAUUAAACGCUGUUGCAGCCUGCCCCACGUAAGGAUAUCCAAGACAGUCUUGGAUUCUGGAUUCCAAGCCGUGGAAUCCGGUUUGCAGGUACUGGAUUCCAGUCUCUGUCAGUGGAACUUGGAUUCUGGAUUUCAAUCGUUAGUGUGAUUCGGAAUCUUGAGCUGUAUUCCGGAUUCCAAAGCCCAGGAUUCCGGAUUCCAUAAGCAAAGUUUCCCUGAUUACGGAUUCCAGAAGAAAAAAUUUCCUGGAUUCCGGAAUCCAAAUUCCCUUACAAGGGGCAAAGAGUGCAGAAGUUAAUAGGUUUUGGCCUAAAACAAAAAACAAAAAAGACUGAAAAUAAAAGGAUAAGUUAAAUUUUUUGGUCAUUCCCAGAUAUUGUUUAAAAAACCUUGAGCGCAAUGUAGAGCACACAACGUACAUGUGUUGACGCAAACACAAUAUGAAAAUCAGGUAUACGAAACACUCACGUUUGGAUACCCCUGGUACAAACCAACGCAGAUUCAAGCACAGGCAUACUUCUAUCAAACAGACAUGAACAAAAACGGGGCCGUAAACGUAAGAGAUAGUGCACGCAAACACUGGACGAAAAAAUGGAUUUACUAGGGUAGCCAAAUUACAGCAAAUGUGUAGCAAAUACCACAUUUGCACAAUUUUGCGCAAGAGCAAAGACUGAUAUUGCACUAGAUUUGCUAUCCGUAGCAAUGACGGUAAAUGCCACAUUUGCACAACAUUUACAUCUUGGUGCAAAGAUAAGGGCAGCCAUGGAUUUGAGGGUCAUUUGCAGAUGGUUCAAAUGUGUAGGCAAAUAUGUUUCUUUGAACUAUAUUUGCACAUUACGCAAAUGAUAGCGCAAAUCUGCUGUUUUGCACAGCUUUUGCUUUAGAUGUAAAAGCAUGUAAACCAGUUAUUGUCAGAACGUUUACGCAGCUUUGCAAAUGUGAGCGAAGUAUCUAAUUUGAACAAUGUUUGCUUGGGUUAUCAUGGGUGAUCAAAUUUUCAUAAUUGAACCAGAUUGCUUUGCAUGGCAAAUGUAACCAAACUCUUUGUAUUAAACAUGUUUGCUCACGAAGCAAAUGUUAGCAAACCUAAACUUUGAACAAAUUUUCUAGGGUGUGCAAAUUUGAUCAAACACAAAAUUUUGCUUGUAGCGGCAAAUGUGGUCAAAAGUCAAGUUUUGAACAAAGUUGCUUGGGCGGCAAAUCCGAUCAAACUGUUAGUAUUGUACAAUUUUUCGCUCAGGUAGCAAAUGUAAUCAAAUUCUGACUUUAAUUUGGUUAGCAAAUGUCAUCAAACCCAUAAAAUUGAGCACGUUUUCUCCAGUAGCAAAUGUAAAUUCCAAGGUUUAAACGAGUUUGCUUGGGUUGUAGCAAAUGCGAUAAAAUUUUAAAAAUAUUUUUAAUUAUAAUAUGGCUCACUUCAGGUUCUUAACAAGUGGCCAUAAUUAAUCAAACAUUAAAGUUACUGAAAGAAAUUCUAGCAGUGACCUUCCAUUAAUGUUUAAAUGAUUUAUUCCAUAAACCAAAGUGGCUUACACAUUAUUACAGACAUUACAAACUACAGUAUAAAGCUGUACAUACAGCUCUUCAUAUUAAUUCCCAAUUUUACUGUUCGUUGAUGUUUACUUGUCUCCACUCUAUGCUCUAUCAGAUCAUUACUAACUAUUAAUAUUAUAAGAAAAGUGUUCUUCAUCUAAAUGUGUAAGAUAUUCUACAUACAGCUGUAGGUGUUUCAGAGUUGCCUCAAACCUGUUUCAGUUCUUUAGGUUUUUGCAACUCAGAAACAGGUUAAAAAUCCUUUCACCCUUGGACCAAUUAUUAAUUUACUUAUGACAAGACUAUUUCUUACUUAAACUUUUGUAUCUAAGGACCAAAUCCUGUUUCAACUAAAUGGAACCCUCAAGACACCAUUUUAAUAAAUAAUUAGUAUUUUUGUAUUUAUUGCUAUUUACAGAUUAAACAAAAUUUGAUUCUGGUGGCAUUUUUUUCUUUAGGGUCUAUCAGAAUGAAAGGCCUAAUUCUUGCUACCAAUUUACAAUUUUUGCUGGUAUAACAACUGGGUUAUAGCAUUUAGCAAACUAAGAAAUAGUUUAGGUACAUACAGCUAUUCAAAUUCAGAUCAGACUGCUUUAACUUCAUUUUCGUUGCUAAUGGUUCCUGUAUAGUAUUGGAUAUGCUCUUAGAGGAAGUACCAGCCGGAGCUUCUAGUACUUGCCCCGUUCUAAGAAAAUUGAGGGUCAUGAAAGUAAUGACCAGCUAUAAGUAUUCCACAGCAUGUCAACAUUACCAUUGUCACUGUAGUUGGUCCCAAUGAAAGAAGCUAACAAUUAUUUUAAACUCAGUAUACAUGUACAUGUAGUACAAAAGGUUGAUCUGGCUAGCCUGCAAAAUAACUACACUGCUGUCUCUCGAUCAUUACUCUUUUUCUUGAGUCAUGUUGCAAUCCUUUGCAAAAUUCCGUAACAAAUCAUGACAAAAAGCAGGGUGUACCUAAAUUUGUUUUGUUUUUUUGUUCAAGCAGGUCAGUUGCAAUUGCUGUAAUCGGUACAAAUGUACUGUGAAGUGGUGCCAGCAGAACUCAAAUGCUUGAAGUUAAGCAAACAGAUUUAAAAGAAACAUUUGUACAUUAAUUGGCCUUUUUAACCUGCUGACUGGUACAUUACUUGCAAACAAUAGCCAAAGGAUUCUAAUGAAAAAUUUAUCACAUCAACCAAUUUGAUCUACCUGCCACCAGAAUUCUCAGGACAAAUCAACACCAUCAGGAUUUGCACUGUUUACACAGAUUUAUCUUUUUCUAAAAAACAGUGUCAUAAACAGAGAGUGAUUAAAGGAUUACUGUAUUUGCAGAGCUACAUGUACAUGUACCUGUAAGUAUGACCAGUCAUAAAUAAUCUGGAAUUUCUUUAAGAGCCUUGGAUUAACUUAUAUUUCCUUAUCACAAAGCAAAUUCAGGAGCAUUAUCUGGUGCCUCCUGCUCUGAGGAGAAGCCAUUCGUCCUUUCUAUUGUCAUUGAGUAAUGACAAGCUUACAUGUCACUGUUUUAAUUUUGCUUUACUGUUCAGCUUGGCAAAGAGGUUUUUACAGGCUAAGUUGUUGACUCCUCCAUGCUAGAGGCCUCCUGCAAAGCACUUUUCUCGGAUUUGUCAUCUCCUUGGUCUGUAUUGCCUUGCUCUGAAGACAUGUACUCCACAAUUAUACAAGCUUUGAACUUACAACAAUCCUUCUUCGAAAUAGAGGUUGACUGGAAAAGGGUUGUCUCUUCAGCUUUUUCUGCAACAAACAGAAAUUAUACAUAAUUGAGACCAUUAAUAUUGAAACUAAAGCUGUAGAUGCUUGUCAUGAAAAAUACUAUUGUCCUUUUCUGUCUAAAUAUUCUAGCCUUUUAUAGCAGAAAAGGUUGCUAUUGUAACGGUAUCGAUCCACACACAACAGACGUUUCAACUCCAUUUUAUUCGUAGAGAACUAGUAGUAGGUAAAACCUGGGUGACAAAAUUACAAAAUGCGCCUUGUAAUGAUGCGAAGUCAACAACAUUGAAAAUGCAAGUAGCAAGAGAAAUUAAAUUUCACAUUGUUCAUACAUACGUUGUUGUUCGUUCUCUGCCGUUCUGAACAUCGACACCGUCCUUUGUAAACUAAGAUAAACCUUAACGAAAAUCUCGGACGAAAAUACAGGCGCCAUAACACAACGACGCCAUCUUACAAAAGCACAUGGUCCUUCCAUCCGCGCAAGGGAUGAUGGGUGUGAAUGGAAAAAACCGCUGGCCCAAAACAGUACUGAAGGUUCAACAACCUUGAAUCGCAGCGAAUUAAUUACUGUCCGGAAAAACAACCAGAUUAACAUAACAGUUCCUGACACACCGGGAGGGUGGGGGUCGCUGCGAUACAACUUGUAACAUGGAACAAAUCACAAAAUGUCUCCAGAUAAACGUUUGUACUCAAUAUCCUUAAUGUUAUUUGCAUUCUUGAUUUUGUCUUAAGACUCUAAUCCACUGGAACAACUAGGGCUAGGCGCUGAACUGCCCUUGAAACGACAGUGUCUCUUGCACCCCGGUACUCGUGAACUUUUUCCCCAGUGCGAUAGCUCUUGUACUUGACUGUCACCUUGCGCACUUUGCCAUCUUCCCCUGGAAACACAUCUUGCACAAGCGCCAAGCGAUAAUCUCCCCUAAGAGUGUUCUUGUCAGCGACGAUCACCACAUCUCCUGGACACAAGUUGCGAGUGGCAGUGUGCCAUUUGCGCUGUACUACUAAUGCUGGAGCAUACAGCUCGGUCCAACGUUUCCAGAAGUCCUCCACCACAGACUGAACAAGAUGGUAACGUGUUACAAUGCUUGCGUCGUAAGGUUGCCAUCCUAAGGGGUUAGAUGCAGUGGCCCGUCCAAGCAACAAACUGUUGGGUGUGAGAACAUUGAUGGUUGAAUCAACGCUUGGUUUCACUCCAAUUGGACGCUCAUUUAGUAAGUUGGACACUUCACAACAGACAGUGAGAAAUUCAGGUACAGACAGACGUUGGUUACUCACUGAGAAAUGAAUAGCACGUUUGGCGGCUUUUAUCAGAGACUCCACUGCUCCUUGAUGCCAGGGACUAUCGGCAGGUCCAAAUACCCAGGUUAAACCAUUCUGAGCAGAAUCUCUCUGUAAGGACUCCCUGUCGAUUCUUUGCCAGGCUUCCUUGAGUUCCCUCUCCGCGCCCACAAGCUGAGAACCUGGAUCGCUGUAAAUCUUCUCUGGCCAUCCACGAAGACUGGCGAAUCUGCUGAGUGCCAUCAGGAAAUUGCUGGUGUCGUAUCCAAACACUGCCUCAAUAUGAACAGCUCUCAUUGCGAGAUCGGUGAACAAUACACCAUAUGCUUUGCCACUUGUGCGUUUCUGGACUUCCCCUCUAACCGUGUACGGUCCAAACAAGUCAAGCAUCACGUGGUUGAAUGCUGGUGCAGGUUUCAGUCUAACUUCUGGCAGUAACCCCAUCGGUUGCUCAAGAAAUUUAGCAUCACGCAACUUACACAGUUGACAGUCCAUUUUCACUAACCUUGCCAGUUUACUACCUUGAGGCGUCCAGUAACGCAUUCGAAAUCGAGCAAGGGUUGCGUCACGUCCCCUAUGUCCUCCUGCUUGAUGCGCACGUUCCAUGAAAAGACGAGUAGCUGGAUGCUUAGAGGGUAACAAUCUCUGAAGGGAUGAGUCUGGUGUCAUCGCAUUGUACCUAGUUAGUCGUUCUCCAACAACCCAUAUUCCACUUGCGUAUUGUACAGGCUUCAGCUUAGCAUAGCGACCUCCAUGACCUUUCUUGCUGCUGCUCUUCUUUAGCUCGCAUUCCAUUGUUUUCUGAAUGUUCUUCACAACAAAGUCCUCUGCGUCUUUCAAGUGCUGUGCGGUUACUUGCAUGGCAUUUCCUGCACUGAAAGUUUUGUUCCUUGCAAUGUUUUUCAACCUUGCCACGACCCAAAUGACUCGAUUGAUGUUUCUAAAUCUCUCGUAGACGAUCAAUGGAGGAUCUGUCCUGGCUACCGCCGUACUACACAUCUUCUUCUCUCCAGGGAGUGCUUCUUCCUUCUGCAGACCAGACUUGAGUCCCCACUCUUCGACAGGUUUGUACAGGAUAGGUGGGCCAUUCCACCAAUGGGAGUCCUGAUUGAGCUCCUCAGGGGUGCGUCCACGGGUCAACCAAUCUGCUGGGUUGUGAUAACCUGACAUCCAGGCCCAACAGGACAUAUCACCAUUCGUUGCGGCUUGAAUUUCUCCAAUUCUAACUCCUUCAUACACCUUGAAGCGAGUACUGGUCUUGUUGAUCAUACUCAAGACAGUUUCAGAGUCCACAAUUUGCCACACCUCUUCAAAUUCGAGCCUCAUCUCCUUUUCUAUAACCUUUCUACCUCGCUUGGACAACACAGCAGCAUUUAGCUCCAUCUGAGGAGUGGACAACUUAUUCACUGGGGCGAUACGACACUUGCCAUGAUAAGUCGACACCAAUAAUCACCGCUGUUUAGGCGCCAUCUGAUGUAGGCUGCAAAACCAUAGGCAAGGUCACUACCAUCACUGAAGAUGAUAAGCCAUGGUCGGCCAACAGAGUCGGGUGGUCGCAAACAACGACCCAAUCUAAGCUGCUCGAGCUGGAACAGGGAACAGAAGAAGUGAACCCACUUUGAGCGCAGAUGGAUUGGCAGCGGAUCAUCCCAUCCAAGCUUUAGGGACCACGUUUCCCGCAGGUGAAUCUUUCCCAGCAGAGUGUAGGGGCACACAAAUCCAAGAGGAUCAAAGAUCAUCAUAACCUGCGACAGAACAAUUCUUCUUGUCAACACAAGUGGUAGGCCUUGUGGCAAAUCAGCUUUCUUGAGGCAUGGGCCUGUGUGUGUUCCUUUCUUCUUCUUGCUGAAGUUGAGAGUGACUUCGAACACCACGGUGUCUUCCACUGGAUUCCAGCCAAGGCCCAAUACCCUCAGGCUGCUAUCAGUUCCUUUCAACACGUUUGGGUGCGUGCAUACAGCGCCAUCAGGUGCGACAAGUGUGUCAACGUUCUCAGACAACACUUCGCCGGUGCGAGGACUUGAUUCUCCAGUAAACUGCCAACACUUGACUGCAAAGCCUCCCUUCGCAAGCAUAUCUUCCGUUUCACGAGCAAUUUUCAAUGCUUCAGCUGUACUCGGUUGAGAGUCAAUUAAAUCAUCUACAUAGCUAGAUCUCUUCAGGAGGUUGGCAGCCUUUGGACUGUCAGUUUCAAACAUAUCUGCAGUCUUGUACAUAGCUUCAGUGCUAAUAGCCGGGGCUGGAGUGUCGCCCAUAUUGACUCGUGUCAUCACAUACACGUCGGGUUCUUGGUCAGUUUCCAAAUCACGCCACAGGAACCGAUGACAAUGUUGCUCCAAGGGCUUCAAGUGGAUAGAGUGGAACAUUUUACGAAUGUCUCCCACAAGGGCAACCUGCUCCUCCCUCCAGCGCAGCAAUAUGCCAAUUAGAUUGUUCAUGUAACAGUCCGGUCCCUUGGCUAAACAGGAAUUAAGAGACAUUCCUUGGCACACUUGGCUGGAAUUAAAUACGAUUCGCACAGGUGUGGAGUGUGACCGUGUGUUGACUACUGCCAGGUGGGAGAUGUAAAACUUAGGACCACUCCAUUCUUGUAAUUCUUUCUGAGACAACUUCCGUGCAACACCUCGUUCCACCAUGUCCUCCAUCUGCUUCUGGUAAGUCUCAGCCCACCGCUCGUCCUUGCUGAGUGUUCGCUCGGUACUCUUGAGCGUAGCCAAGGCGCUACUGUAGUUGUUGGGUAAAGUUCCUGGGUCCACAAGCCACGGAUAACUAGUUACCCAACACUGUUUAACACCGUCAUACUCAAGGUUCCCUUGAAUUAAUUUUAACUCCUGUUCCUCUUUGAACGAAUAGGUGUGGCCAACAGUUGGACAUUUGCCACAACGACAACUACCACAGCGCGGAGUUAUUUCAGUUCCAAUUUCUUCACCACAAAUGAAGUUUUCUAUAAGGCGUCCCUGAUUUUUACCCGCGAGGGAUUCUGCAACAUUCGUCUGUCUGAGACUAGCGUACUUUUUGCUGACGUCGACCAGCUUUCCAGGGUUAGAACAAUUUGGCUGAAACUCGGGGUGAGUAACAUGGCAUACAUAGUGAGCCUCAUGCUUGAUCACUGAGUUGUGUAUCGUUUUCACAAGAUUUGAAUCGUGCUCAGUUCCUUCUCUUAGAUCAGGAUGGGUACCUUGAAGACAGACUCCAAAGUCUCCUUUCAUGAUGCUUAAAUUAUCUCCACACUUCGCCUCCUCACACUUGGGGAACAACCCAAAGUAGUCGCAGCCCAGGAGAAUGUCUACUUUUUCAGUUUUCCUCUGUAGCGAGUCAACAUCAUAGCCAGGGAACAAAUUGGCUAAGACUUUAGUGUCCAGCUUGCUGACAGGGCCAGUAAUUCUAUCCAUACCAAAUGCAGUGAUACCGACUUUCUUGCCAGUGUUCGUUCUCAAAGUGAACUGAUACUGUCGGGUGUUGUAAGUCUUCUCAACAUUUCCCAUUGUGGUUACGUCAAGCGUGAUUCUGUUCAGUUUUUUGGCCUUGAUUCUAUCUGCUGCUUGGUGGGUUAUGUAGGUUGUGUUUGAGCCACCAUCACAGAAUAUGGUAACAUUCUUCCCACUCUCACACACCUUUGCCUGCUGGAUGGGAUAGAGAGCAAGGCCAGCUCCUCUUGUAGCAUGACUUGCCGAUUCAGCAUGAGCACAAUGGUCAGUUUGUCGAUCUUCUUCCUUUCGAGGUGCUGAUACAGUCUGAUCCUGACCGGUAGUGUUUGAACCUUCUUUCUUUUUCCCUGACUUGCACAGGAGAAAGUGGUGCUUCUCACUUCCACACAAUGGACAUGGUUUUUUGCUGGGACACUUCUGCUGUGGGUGAUUUCCAAAGCAGACAAAGCAGGUAUUCACUUGUUUGAGGAGUUCAAACUUGCCACCCUCUCCACUGAUGGGGAGUUUCUGAAAUUCUUUACAAUCACUUGUUUUGUGCUUAACCGUAUCUCUCUUGUGGAAAGCGCACUGGUAAAACUGUUUUUGGCCCUGACUAGUUCCUGUUCCAUGAUGUGUCAGCCCUUUACCACGAUCACCAUUCUUCAGUACUUCAAAUGUUCUUCUCCGCCUUGGUUGGUAUUCAGCUAACCGAGCUACUGCUUCUCUCUCUCGUUCCAAAAACUUCAUAAAGGGUUUGAAAGGCUGGAGCUUCUCUAUUUGACUCAUGUCAUGAUACUUGCGAAUCCAUUCUAUUCUUAGAUGGUUUGGUAGGAGUGCAUUAACAUAGUCUACGUCUCUCAUUGUGAGAGUGUUAAGUUGGUCUAACUCUUCAAGUUGACUAUACGAAGACUCUACAACAUCAACAAAUUCAACAAGACCUCUGUAAUCGGUUUCUGAGACUGGCUUGAGCUUAUGUAAAUCCUCUAGUGCUGCUUGAACAGUGGCACUGGUAUCAUCAUAGUAAUCUUCCAACUUCUUCCACAUUGUAUCAUAAGCUUCUGGUUUGGUGACAUACACUGACUUGAUCCUUUGACUAGCUUCACCUUUCACCGAUCUCUUUAGUUCGUGAGCCAGGGCUGUCUUGUUUUUGUAUGCCCCCUCUGCCAACUGCUUCCAGACUGUUUUAAACUCUGGCCAGUCCUUUCGCUGUCCUGAAAAAAUCGGGAGGGUCAUCUUUUUUAAAUGGACACCGGUUGCAACUGCUCCCUCGCUUUGAUCUGCUACCUCACUGUUGCUUAGGUGGUGUGGUGAAGUAUUCACUUGCUGUGCAGGAUAAGGCUGUCCUCCGAUUGACUGUUGAAAUGAGGGCAUUGGUACAAAGUAGUGCUGACUUGGAGGCAUACUGUAGCCUGUAUGGCUGAUGGGACCCAGUCCAGUAAGAAGAUUAUUUGCCUGGGUUGGCAUGGCAUAACUGACAGGCUGAUAAGGAAAGACAUUCAUUGUGUGUCCAGGAUAAACAUGAGUUGCUGUGGGUUGAUGAAAGGGUGGCUGAGAAGGAAUAAAGGGUCCUGCCCCUCCAUGGAAGUCAGUUGCUUGAACAUUGCUUACUGAUGCUGCGACACUGUCAUUCUGGGAUGACACACUAGACACAGUUCCACCUACAGGCGUUUGACUAAGACUUGAGCUUGCUGCUGUUUGAACUGGUCCUUGUUCUGAUGGUGUAGUAUUUCCAUCUUGGGUGGGAGGAUUAGCUGAUGGGGGUACUAAAUCAAGUUGAGCAACACUUGUUGUCUUCGCUGCUUUUGCCUGUACAAAGGCAUUCCUGGCCCCAGUAUAUACCUCACUAACAUUUGCCCUGUAGGCAGUCAAGUCAAGUCCAUUGACAAUCUCGUGCUCGGCAUGUUCUUCAUCUGAAACCAAAAUUUCAUACUCCUCAUCUAUUAUACAAAAAUCAUCAAACGCUUUCUCCAAUUCAACCAUCAACACUGUUAAAAUAUCAAUGUCUACACCCCUAUCAACCGCUCUAGUUAGUCUACGCGAGGCUGUAGUAACUUGCUGCUUGGCCUUAGUUCUUUCCUGCUUUUUCUCCUCUACAGCACUCAUAACUUAACACUUCAUUCACGAGACAAUGUACUUACUAAUAUACCAGAAUAAAAUGUCUAGGAACUUGACACGUUCAGACACAAUCUUGUCCACAAGAAUAAAUUGCCUCCCAAGACAAAAUGCGUGAAAAUACAAGCAAGAAAAUCCAAUGCACACAGGAAUAAAUUUAAGGAAACUUGGAACACGAAUGCAAUCCGCAGAAGUCAAAACACAGAGGAAUGAAUUGGCUGGCAACUUGAAACACGUCCAAUGUAAUUCACAAAAUCCAAAACACAGGAACGAAUUGGCUGGCAACUCGAAACACGUCCAAUGUAAUUCACAAAAUCCAAAACACAGGAAUGAAUUGGCUGGCAACUCGAAACACGUCCAAUGUAAUUCACAAAAUCCAAAAACACAGGAAUGAGUCAAGUUGACUGGCGACUCGAUAGAAGUUGAGCGUAACCCACAAAAUGCGAAACACAGAAUUAAAGACGAGUUGGCUGGCAACUUGAAAGAUUUCGGUUGUAAUGCGGGAACUCACACAGUACACGAAUGAAUUGGCUGACAAUUCGGACAACACGACGAUAUCCUUUCGUUGGCUGGCAACUUUCAGGCUCCUUUACAACAACGUUUUACUGUAACGGUAUCGAUCCACACACAACAGACGUUUCAACUCCAUUUUAUUCGUAGAGAACUAGUAGUAGGUAAAACCUGGGUGACAAAACUACAAAAUGCGCCUUAUAAUGAUGCGAAGUCAACAACAUUGAAAAUGCAAGUAGCAAGAGAAACUAAAUUUCACAUUGUUCAUACAUACGUUGUUGUUCGUUCUCUGCCGUUCUGAACAUCGACACCGUCCUUUGUAAACUAAGAUAAACCUUAACGAAAAUCUCGGACGAAAAUACAGGCGCCAUAACACAACGACGCCAUCUUACAAAAGCACAUGGUCCUUCCAUCCGCGCAAGGGAUGAUGGGUGUAAAUGGCAAAAACCGCUGGCCCAAAACAGUACUGAAGGUUCAACAACCUUGAAUCGCAGCGAAUUAAUUACUGUCCGGAAAAACAACAAGAUUAACAUAACAGUUCCUGACACAGCUAUUAGAUAUUACAUGUAUUAUUACUGGCUGCAGUCACACUAGGUGACUAAACUUACUUAUUUCCUGAGUUAACUGAUAUCAAAAUUAACUAGUUUAAACAAAUUGCUGGCUCGUAACUUUCAUGUCUCAAAUCUAACCCCAAGCGGUCAUCAUAAUCCUGAUUACACUGUACCUAUUAAAACUAAGACCUUCUUUGAGCAAAAACAAAACGAAAAAAUGAAUGCGAGAAACCCUUUUGUAACAAGACAAUUGACUCCAGGUAAAUCAAUGUAUUAAUUUUAUAGUGAGUGUCCCACUACAUCACUACCAUAACAACAUUAUUGACAUAUUACUUAAAACUUCAUGAACCUGCUUCUUCUGCAAUAUUGCCAUCACUUACAGUGUAUCUUGGGAACAAAAGUUUAAUUAUACUAUAAUUGCCUCAUAUGAGGGAAUCCAAGACAGUUUUAGAUUCUGGAUUCCACGCUGCGGAUUCCGGAACCUUUUUCAGUGGAUUGCUUGGUUUCUGGAUUCCAAUCGUUUGACUUGUAUUUCAGGUUUCAAAGCUCAGAAUUUAGGAUUCCGCAACAAAAAUUGCCCGAAUUCUGGAUUCCAUAAGCAAAAAUUUCCCGGAUUCCAGAAUCCCUUACAUGGGGUGAUCAUAAAAAACAAUCAGUGAAAGCAGGGUACCAUGAUCUAAAUUCUAUAUAGCUACACUAUGUUUUCAGCACCAUGGCAGUCACUACCUUUACUCCCCUUUUAAAUUUUGGAAAAGCCUUUGGAGAAAGUAGGCACUAGAGGAUAAGGUUAAUUUUGGCCUAAUAGAGGGGAAUUAACACUUGCUUCAAUUCUUAUUAAAUUUUCCAAGACCAUUUAUCUGAAGAGAACAACCAAACAAAAGAUUACAGUAUUUUUUACAACAACAGGACAAAUAAAGUUUCAGGAGAAGGGGUGGUCCUUGUUGAUUACUGAAUAUUGGAAUGCAAAUGUAGCCAGUAGGUAUUAUCAAAUAGCAUCAUUAAUGGCUUAACAGUAACAACGAACUUUCUUAUACUUACUGAGCAUUUCUUUUACUCCCGAUUAGUUGCUCCCUCAGCAUUUGUUUGUCCUCAACAUUUCUCCUGCCUCUUCUUAGUUUUACAAUGUCUGCUAAUUAAAACAGCAUCGAUUCACCGAAGUCUAUUUACUAAGUACUAACGGCUGCUUUCUUGGAUCCACUCGUUACUCUUGAUCGUCGCCGAUGGAGCUAUCUAGAUGCCUUUCAUGGUGGAUUUUCGUCGAAGGAUCUAUUAUAAGUAUGCAGUUCCCUCGAGUUCGAGCGAUUAUUUUUAUAAGUUCUUCGAGGACACAUUCGUUCGAUAAAUUCGAACAAAUAAGACUGGCCGAUUCCUCCAUACUCGACAGUCAACCCCACAAAGAAGGAAAAUUCGAAACCUCUUGAUAAAUAUGGCGUUAAACGUACGAAGUAAAAGCUGAUGGCAAAUCGAUGGCAGUGGAACGUGUUAACGGUCGACGAAUUUCAAUUGUUGUGCCUCGUUCUCGAACGGUUAUGCAGACUCUCGCUGACCAGCACCACUGAGGCGCAAAUGCUUGGGAAAUCGGGCGCGCGGUCUUUUGGCGAUUUCGCGGGAGAAGAGAUUGCCUAUGUUGCUGGAUUUCUUCUCAAGGAUAUUCGAAAUUUAAAAGGUAAAGUCGAUGUAUUUUGCCUUGUAUAUCGUGCUUCUACUGCCACAUCUAUGUUAUAACCGGGAAUAAACUACAUUUGCAUCCAUAUUUACAUUUGUAGCAUGUAUGAGCACGCGUGUCGCGUGCGUAUUGUAGUGAUCCAGCUGAAAAAAGCCUUGUUGAAAAAUUUAAGUGGUGUUAAGUCAGCAAAAUAUGUAGUUAUGCAAUGUUAAAAUGCUAAUUUAUUGGUAUUUGGCAGAAGUAGCUCAAGAUUAAUUGCUUGAGUAAUUUAUACUACCUCUGGCGCUAUAUUGACAUAUUGAGCGUAAUACCUGUACAUAUACCAUUGAUUUUGACAGGGGUAGGGUGGAGCCUUUAUUUUAUAUGCGUUACUGUCAUUUUUUUCUGUUUUGUUUUGUCAUGUUUUCAUAUACAAGAUUGUUUUGUUUAUAAUAGUUUAUAAUGAUACAGCUGUACAUGUAAGCUGAGUCAAAAGGUCAAAAAUGCUAAAAUGUGCCACAUGUGUAUUUAUAAUGUUCAUAAAGAUAAUGGCAACACAAGUAACAUAAUUCAUUUAAUUUCACAAUAUUAUCAAUAAAGGUAGAGUUAACAGUUAUUUUUAGUGGGUUUAGUGACUUUUUUGUGUAUUUGUUUCAGAUUCUUCCUUGAGUGGUACAGGAGUUAUUUCCAAUGUUCUUGAAAUUGAGUUGCAUCACCUGAACUCUCCAAAAGAUAAAGAGGUCAAUGAAAUACAGGUUCAGCAUGGGGAAGCUGUUUGUGGUCUGUGCAUGAAGAAUGCUACAGGGGUAUUCCAGUGGGUCUCAAUUUAUUUACAGUAAUCAUUUUUUCCUCUGCACAAGAUGACAGAAUUGAAGCUUAUAUACUGAAUGCUCCCAUCCAUCAAUACCCCAUCUGUUUGGGGUAAAUGUCACAAAACAGAAACCUCACAUGUACUUCCUUGGGUUAUAUUUUUACCAUCUUUACAAUAUUAUUUUUCUUGUUCUUUGUGCGGUGCCCUGCUAAGGAAAUCCAUGUCCCUUUCACAGUGUUCUGCGGGAACAUAAUGUACUGAAAUUGUGUGAAGCUAUAGAACAUUUACACUCAUAGAGGUUUCCCCACAGAGAUAUAAAGAGUGACAACAUUAUUCUUACAGAGGUAAACAAUAUGUACCACCCAAUGCUCAUUGAUUUUGGAAAGGCUAUCUUGCUAUCGGAUGCCCCUUCAAAACAGCAGUCCAUGACUGCUCACUAGCACUGACAUAUAGCUUAAGAAAUAUGCCUCAGAUAUUAUGUUUUCACUUGGCGUUACUAAGUCAUGGCAAAAGUUUCUGGCAAAGUGAAAGUAGAAAGUGAUUUUGUGGAAGGGCAAAGAAAAUGCCUUCAGACAGAUCCAAAGUUGAGAUUUACUGUCACUGCUCAAAACAAAUUUUUAGGUGGAACCUUUUUUUUUGUCCAGCAAUUAUAAAAUAUCAUAUUCCUAUUUAAAAAGGAAAAUCAAAAAGUCAUCUUACUGGGUGAAUUCCUUUUCUAAAUAAAUCUAUUAAAAUUCGGCUCAUUUAGUAAAAGAGUAUAAUGAUAUUGAUGGUGUAAACCCCGUUGGUCUAAGAAGUUUAGGUUUAAGUGAAGAAAUGCACCUGAUGUUAUUGUUGUUGAGUGAAGGCUGAUAUAAAUCUCACCAGUCUGUUUGAGCAGUUUAAAAAGACAAAUCAUAUUGAACUCAAAAUCAGGGUUGUAAAGAGCAGCAAAGAAAUUAUUCAUUCAUGUCUGUGCUGAGUUUCUAUUCACAAAUGAUAUGAAAUACAAAGCAAUUUCACCAUUUGUUGUGGUAUUGGCUGUUGGGCUUUCAAAAUGUGGUCAUUUUUAGGAGGCUUACCAUCAAGAUGUGGUCAUCUCUAGGUAUAGUCAGUGAAAACUAGAACAAAUAGCGGUAAGAACAAAAUUGUCAGUUUUGAUGUGAAGUUUCUUGAAUAAAUGGCCAUGAGGAAAUUGUGUACAAGUGAAUAAUCUCAACCCUGACUUUGAAAUGCACAGAACCUUUUUUUUUUUUUUUUUUUACCAAAUUUAAGGUACUGUGGGUGGCCUUGUUAUUGUUAGCUUUUUAAUAAUAAUAUUAUGAUGUAGAAAAAAAUACAGUAAAUGAUCUGACUACUGGACCUUUGUCCAGUAGAUUUGUUGUAGUGUAUUUACUUAAUGUAAAGGGGAGGUAGUGUGGGCCCUCUGUAACUGUAUACAACAGUUACUGUGUCAUUUUGAAUUUUUAGUUUUAGUAAUUGGAGAUCCCUGCCCAUUGUGCGACCCUAGGCUUUACUAUUAUCAAAUGACAGAAGGGGAAUGUAACACAUGCCCAGGUUAUGUACCAUUGGCUCACUUCGAAGUGGUUAUGUGAUUUAGAAUUGGACCUAAAAAAAGACCGGGGCCCAGUUGUUCCAAAGACCGAUUAGCACUAACCCAGUGUUAGAUUUUAACCUGCGUUUCUUUUUCCUUUUAAUCAAAAGCAUUUUGUUAGAUAAUUUUCCCUUUUUUUUAAGUAUCAAAUCACCAAAUUGUAGACAAAAGGAAUUCAAAUGAAUUUGUUUUUAAAACUUUCAUAUCUGAAUUCAUAUUUCGUACUAACCUUGGGUUAUCUUAACCCAGCUUUAAACAACCCAGCCUGGAAGGAUAAAUGCUGCAUGUUAAUUUGUUUCACCGCCUUAGUUUUUUCUUUAUAGCUUAUAACUUUUCAUGAUCCAAGGCCAACUCACAGCUCCUGUAACCCAGUAGGGGUCUGUUCAUUUUUUAAGGAGUUGGCGGGGGGGCUUUGUUGGGUGGGAUUUGACCGGUAGCUCCUGUAUAUGAAGACCCUCUCUUCAUCAGAAUUUUUGGGAAGCCACAACCCCACUCCUUGUAUCCCAAGAUCAAAUAACCAGGGUUCAGGUGAAUUUUAGCCAGCAAAAAUGCUAUGACUUUUUUUGGAUUGAAUAGGUAGUACUUAAUGAACAGUGAGACUCAAACUCAGGGUUGCAAACAACAAAGUAAGAAAAAUUAGCCUUUCAUAAAUUUGUCAGCUGAGUUAAUGUUCAAAUAAAAUUGUGAGCAGUUUCACCAUAUUUUGUUGUAGUAUUGGCUGUUGGGUUUUCAAAAUGUGGUCAUUUUUAGGAAGCCGGCCAUCGAGAUGUGGUCAUCUCUAGGUGGGCAGUCAAAACUACAACAAAUACUGGUUAAACUAAAAUUGUUGGUUUUAAAUUGAAUUAAGUUUGUUGGUUACAUGGCCAUGAGGAAAUUAUGUACAAGUGAAUAAGCACAACACUGAGUUUGAAAUCCACAAAACUUUUUAUUUCGGACCAAAUUUGAUUUUUUAGCAUGAUGUACAGAAAAUACAGUAAAUGAUCUGACUACUGGACCCAACCUUGUGUUAUCUUAACCCAUCUUUGAGCAAACCCAGUCCAGAAGGAUAAAUGCUGCAUGUUAAUUUGUUUCACUACCUUAGUUUUUUCUUUAUAGCUCUAGACUUUUCAUGAUCCAAUGCCAAAUCAGAGCUCCUGUAAUCCAAUAAAGAUCUGUGCAUUGUUUAUUGUGCAGGGGGGGGGCCUUUCAGGUAGGAUUUGACCAUUCGACCGGUAGCUCCUGUAGAUCCUCCUUGUAUCCCAAGCAAAUAACUAGGCUUCAGGUGAAUUCUAGCCAGCAAAAAUGCUAUGACUUUUUUGGAUUGAAUAGGUAGUACUUAAUGAACAGUAAAACUCAAAAUCAACAUUAAAAUCAGUGAAACUCAAACUCAGGGUUGCAAACAACAAAGUAAGAAAAAUUAGCCUUUCAUAAAUUUGUCAGCUGAGUUAAUGUUCAAAUAAAAUUGUGAGCAGUUUCACCAUAUUUUGUUGUAGUAUUGGCUGUUGGGUUUUCAAAAUGUGGUCAUUUUUAGGAAGCCGGCCAUCGAGAUGUGGUCAUCUCUAGGUGGGCAGUCAAAACUACAACAAAUACUGGUUAAACUAAAAUUGUUGGUUUUAAAUUGAAUUAAGUUUGUUGGUUAAAUGGCCAUGAGGAAAUUAUGUGCAAGUGAAUAAUCACAACACUGAGUUUGAAAUCCACAAAACUUUUUAUUUCGGACCAAAUUUGAUUUUUUGGUAUGAUGUACAAAAAAUACAGUAAAUGAUCUGACCACUGGACCUAACCUUGUGUUAUCUUAACCCAUCUUUGAGCAACCCAGUCCAGAAGUUUAAAGGCUGCAUGUUAAUUUGUUUCACCACCUUAGUUUUUUCUUUAUAGCUCUAGACUUUUCAUGAUCUAAGGCCAACUCAGAGCUCCUGUGAUCCUGUAACCCAAUAAAGGUCUGUUCAUUGUUUAUGGGGGUUUGUCAGGUAGGAUUUGACAAUUCGACCGGUAGCUCCUGUAGAUCCUCCUUGUAUCCCAAGUUUAAGGGCCGUAGACAGAAAAAGGUAAGGACUGAGGCAAUAUCCAUGGCUGAAUUCCCCGCCUAGCUAUUCAGGGUCUUUAUGAUAGCUACGUUGAAACCAAACACUGCCAAGAUCAAACCUUAAAUGACAGAGGCAAGUGCCUCGGUUUGCCUCAUACUGGCUAUGGCCCUGACUGUAGGAAAUACAGUGCAUCAAUGAUCUGACUACUGGACCUUAAUAACGAGUGGAUUUGAAUUAGUGUAUUUGCUUUAAAUUAGUAGCCCGGGAAAGGUUUAUGCCAGGGGCGCGGUCAGAAAGGGACACCUUUUUCAUGCUUCAGGUAUGAAAGGAUAGGGAUUUCCUGAGUUAAAGUAUGUGACAGGGUAGACUAUCUGUCAUUUUGUUCUGUAAAAAGACUAACAGAAGAAAUUUGUGAAUGUAAAAUUGUCAAAAAAAAUUAACUGGUUUCUGAUUCCUUUAUAUUAAAAUGACAGUGCACAUAAAACAGUUAACAGGAAAGAUGCAUGUAAGGGGUUGGACCUCUUGGCGGAGUCUCACAGCGUGUACAAAAUUUUAUUGUAACAAUGUAAUGUUACAGUUGAGAUUGGAAAUUUACUUUAGUCACAAAACGGAUCAAACAUAUAGGAAAUGUCACAUGCACAUCACCUUUGACUGUCAGCAAAUGUUAUGCAGCUCACUAUAUUUGCUCCCCUUGCAAAUAUGGAUAAUUAUGAUGCAAAUGUGCAAAUUUAUGAUACAGCCAAAUGUCUAGAAAUUUAUUGUUUUUGCUCUUAAGGCAAAUACGAGUAAACCACAUGCAAAAGUGUUCUUUUGGUAUCCUGGAAAAACAAGAGCAAAUACCACUGCAAAUUAGGGGUUUUGCAAUAUUUUUGCCUGCAUUUGAAGUAAAGUGAAAACUGUCAUUUUUGCCAAGGAUGUAAAUUUGAGUAAACUGGUAGAAAUGUUGAAGAUUUGCCCAUGCUGCAAAUAUGUAUCAAAUUUGUAUCAAACCAUUACAUUUACUUCACUUUUGCGUAUCAAUACCUAUCUAGCAAAUAUAUGUAUUUGCCCACACCUUAGCCGACAGCGCAAAUGUAAUGCAAAUUUGGAGCUCCAAAUUUACCACAUAUUUGCACCUUUCGCAAACAUUAGUAAAUCCGUUUUUUCGUCCAGUGAAAUGGACAUGGGUAACAACGCAAAUGCAAGCGCAAGUGCGUGUGCAAAAGCGUGUAAAAAUUUGCGUUUGCGUUAACUCUUGCGUCUCAAUGAUAAACGAACCUUAAAUUGGAAGUUUUCAAGUUGUAUGUUGAGAUGUUCAGUUUGCUUUUUUGUAUGUUUAUUGUUUUUAUUAGUGCUGUUGUCGUUGUUUCACAAACUAAAACAAUCCUCAAAACGAAGCUCAUCUUUGUGAAACUGCGUUUUCUUGCAGGCAAAAUUCAAAGAAGUCUAAGGAAAAACUUCAUAAACGUAAGUAAAAUUUCCGUAAUCUGCAGCUUGAGGCUCGCUAAAACUCUAUAGUGGUACAAUCAUAAUACCGACAAAACUGGUGCUCUAUUAUAUUAAAGCGACUUUUCUGAAACAGCAAAAUGUUUUGUUUGUUUGUUUUGUUGUUGUGCUUUUCUUUUUAAGUAACUUAACCCUAUUCAGACUGGGCUUUUUUGGUCAAUCUGUGACUGGGAGGGGCUCCUCGGACCCCCCCUCUGUAUCUCUGGAACCAAUAAUGCUAGGGUCAUGAAAUUUACACACAAUGAUCAUCUCCGUACAAAGAAGCCCCACACCCAGUUUUGACUUGCCACGCCCAAUGAUGACGUCACAGUGACGUCAUAUUCCGAUUUUUCAAUGUUUCUUAUUAUUUUUCCACUUAGAUACGUAAAAUAUCAAUAAUAUUGGUAAAGUCAUCUCUUUGUUAUCCUUUCUUAUGAACUAGUAACAAGGAAACACUUGUACAGCGAGAAAAAGCAAUAGGAAGCAAUAAAAUUUAAAAUUUGAAAUGGUUGUCCGCCAUCUUGGAUCCGCCAUCUUGGAUUUCCGUUUUUUUGUUAAAAUUAUAAUUUAAAGCAACUUUCAAAGGGGAAAAAGCUCAGAAUGUAUAAAAGAAGUAUCAAACUAAUGUUUAUUACCCAAACAAAUGACUUUGGAAGUGUUAUUUGGAAAAUAGAGCAGCUUAUUUGUCAAAGCAAAAAGUGACAAAAUUUUACCCCACCCCUCCCCCCCAAAUAUUCGAUGUUGAAACAUUUUGAUGUAAUUCAAAAACUAGUCCCAAGCAAAGACCAUUUUCACAACAAAAAGCACUGUAAGUGUAAAAACGCGAUCUUAAAACAAAAAAUCACCAUUUUUUAAAUGUUCCAAAACCUAUGUGUCAGAAACUGGUUGCCAUGGCAACAUGAUUAAUCACAUGAACAUGGUAAUUAUACCAAAAUGUUCCUAGAUAAAUUUUAGGAAAAGUCAGAAAAUUUGAACGUCGUAGCUCUUUCGGUGUAGGAGUUAUCACGAUUUUGCCUGAUUUUGCCCCCCCAGUCUGAAUAGGGUUAAUUAAAGGUAUUCAAAUAAAUUCGAUACCCUUGAUUGAGCGGGCGUUUUCGUUAAUUAAUCCUGAAUUAACUGCUGCGUACUACAGAAUUGCAUUCUUUUACUCGCGUAAUGCAAUAAUCUAAUUUAUGAUUCUCUGUUUACCCGGCAACUAAACGAUAACUAGAUGCUUCUGAUGGCUUAUUUUCAAUUAUGUUUUCACUUCUUUCAAUCUCUAUGCAGUUUCUUUUCGUUUUAGCGAUCAUUGCGAGGGGGAGUGAAACGCUAAAGCAAACGAGUGCUUCUUGGCAUCGCGUAUCUCAACCAGCCGAUAAAACAAUCAUUGCCCUUGAAGCCUUAUAACAAUAGAAACUAUAACUCAUGGGCAACAAUACAUACAGGGAUGUAAAGGGGUACAGACCACCCUUAGGGUUAAUUUCCACUGUCGCGUAAUUUUUCCGUGCGAACGCACGUAUAAUUUACGCACGUAAAUGAAAUAGAGGCAAUAGGGAGCUUAAGCAGCGACGUUUUUGAGCGACGCACGUCAACCGGAAGUGAGGUAUUUUCCCUCUUAACAUGCCUUGAUGAUAUAAAAUUUGUAUUCCUUAGCUUCUUUACUUUUAUAGAGGCGAUUUGACUGAAAAUUUUGCGCGAAACCACCGUCAAAAAAUGAAAAAAGGCCACUUCCGGUUGGCGUGCGUCGCUCAAAAACGUUGUUGCUUAAGCUCCCUAAAGUAUGAAAGGCCACGCGUAAGCGUGAAAGUUGAGCGAGGUUCAACUUUUACGUUUACGCGUGACCUUCCCACAUUAGAGAGAUUAAGAUUCACGUUUACCGCAAACUGCAAACGUCAGACUCAAGUUGAAAAUUUCUCAGAAUAGAAAAUAAGCAGAUAAAAACAGUACCAAACGAUUCCUAUGGUUAUAUCUGGCAUAAAACUACUUAUUUUUGUGUAGAAGCAAUAGAGAAUAAACGGAGAAUAAGUGGAAAACUUGGUCACGUGGUACAAAUUCACGUCUGCCGUUUGGCGUAAAACGUGGAUCUUAAUCUCUCUAUUGUCUUUUUUUGUGUGUGUAAAAUAUACGUGCGUACGCACAUAAAAAUUACGCGACAGUGGAAAUCAACCUACAGACAAACCCUAUGUAUUAUACGAGUUUCAUAUGUCUUACGUCAUUAUUGCGUACCUGCAAAAAUAUAUUCGGUUGUUGAUCACACAACAAUCACCUCGACCCAUCUUUUAUUUUUACCUGUUCUUUUUUAUUGUUGUCUUAUGUGGAAUGGUUCUUAACCGCGAUUGCUUGUAAAGGCCCCCCAAGAUAUCUUGCACGUAGCUUGUUUUAUAUCCCGUCAAUCCUCAGCACCGUGCAAAAGUUGCGGGUAUUAUUUAUAGGAAAUAUUAAACACUUAAUGAAUGGUCAAGAGUAGCCUGUUCCAGGUGUUCAGAUAGUGGGGAGCGGUGCGAAGUGAAAAGGAGCGCGAAAAAAUAAAAGCGAGGGAGGAGGAGAGGUGAGAGAGGGACCUCUCUCCCCAGUCCCCCUCUACUUUUCAUCGCUUUCUUUACUUCGCACCGCUCUCCACUAUCUGAACGCUUGGAACAGGCUAGGUCACGAGGGAAACAGUUAAUUUUGUUACCCGAGAGUCUUAAUGUUUCGCGAGACGGAGCCGAGGAAAACAUUGAGAUUCUCUUACGUCAUAUAUUAUGCGAUGUUACCAACUCAGAGAAUUUGGCGGGAAACAGUUUUAUUGAUUUAUUUCAUUUUAUUGAUGUUAUGUGACCUUGAAGUAACCAAUGAGAGCGCGCGUUGUUGAGAACAAAUUUCCAGCUACAGUCGAACCUACCGUAAGCGACCACAUAAAAUGCAGACUGAGUGGUCGCUUACGGGGGGCGCUUACAAGAAUCAAACCACAGGGGGUCUCUUCCGAGAAGAGGUCCAGACAUCUGCAUGAAGGUUAGACUGUAUAUAACAAUGCCCCGUUUUCAUGAAGGUGUAAACAAACUCUUACGUAUAACAAGGUUAAAGAUACAUCCUUUGAAAACACUAAGCUUUUUAUUGCUUUACAGUGUCUAUCAUAUCCACAAGCGCCCUUCCCAGUCGACCGAUUCCAGUAAAAGAACUGCCCGAGCAUUGUGCUCGUUAUCAUGCCAACAAUAACGCUUUAUUUAAUGACGAGUUUAAGGUAUGAAAUCCUUAUUUCUUAGAGUGUAAAGGGACUAUAUCACGCCUGUCUAGCUAGUUUAUAUUUUGUUAAUUAUUUCAAUUAUUCGUUCUUAUUCGCUAUAGAAUUUGAGGAAUUUCUUGCAAAUUACAAAAUCACAGCUUUAUCUCCCAAGCGUUGAUACAAACAACAAAAAUGAAUCGGUUGAAAAAACCUAGAGGCUAACAAGUUUUCAAACGCAUCAAUUGCAAUCUGUUUCAAUCUUCUUCAAAAUUUUUCACCAGUAGUGCGUUGGAUGAUGGGAAGAGGGAAUAAGACUCUCUUCUUCUCUUGUCCCUUCCCAUCGUCCCCCGAGCUUUUUUUUCCUCUUUGUAACUUCCCUAUGACAAAACGAAGGCACUUAAUUUCCGCUUUACCUUUUUUGGUGACGUCGCUAAGACUGAAACAGGCUCCAAGACCGUCAAAAACACCCGGUUAUCUUCGAUUAUUAUCAUUAAAAGUUUUUUAUACUGUGAGAGGUUUGAACCGAGGAGUCAUUUCACAAGUAGGUUGAGUAUGAUCGUUCUGGUUAACGAAACGCACUUGAAUUUCGAAACGCACCAAUGACAUUACUAGUUUCCACAGCCAGGAACAUUAGGACUUAACUGACAGACGACCAAUAAAAUUGCAACUUAAUUAACUCAUCAGAUCAAUAACCAGAGUUUAAUACCACCAACUGACGCGAUACAACUCACUUUGACUCUGAAGAUGGCUACAGCACAGGUUGUGGAAAUGUCAUUCACUAUCAACAACAGUCCUAUUCAGGACUACGCUCACCCAGACGAUUAUACCCAACCUACGUUGUUUUCUAUACUGUUGUACAUAGAAAAGCUGCCACUCACAAUUUUUGUUUCUGAUCUUAGUGCCUUGAUAAAAUAACUUGGAAAUCAUCCUGGGAAGCGAGUCAAGCGGGCCACAACAGAGCCAAAAACCGAUACUGUAAUAUUGUGGCGUGUAUGUUGCAAUGUUCCUUAUUGUUACACUGUGUUUGUAUUGUUGAUUUGUAGUAAUUUGUUCAAUAAGUUAUUAGGCCAUUUGCACGAUGACGCCUUUUUACUACUAAAACCAGAAUUCAUUUCGUUUUUUCUUUGAUAUUUGAAUUUGGUGGUUGUUUGCCAUUUACAUGGGCAAACCAGCGGGUCCAUGGUUUGGGCAAAUGGUAGGCAAAAUUCAGGACUGGUAAAUUUCCUUCCAAUCAGUUCAAUUACUGCAAAGACUGCGAACGCCUGAAACUGGUAUCAAAGACGGCUUUGGAGAAAUGGAACACGAAUUUCCGUUGGGAAUAUUCCGUCCAGAAAACUGACAGGACCACCUUUUCAGAUGUUCCGUCGCUUCCGGAAAUUUUCCGAUGGAACGACUCGAAAAGCAGUGUUCCAUUUGGUUUCCAGCCGGAUUUUCCGGGAAACUUUUUGUAAAUGGUAAACAACCGGUAAUUCCGGUGAGGAAUAAAACAACACCGAAGGAUUCAGUAGCUUCGCAGCUCUUUAAAACCUCUUUUACUGAUUUAAUUUGAACUCUAUGGGUCGCCAAGAAUUCUUGUAGCAGAAAUAAAGUCACGCCAUCGUGCAAUUGGUCUAUAUUGUACAAGUUUCAACUCACAUUUACGCACGGAAAGUUUCCACAAACAUUUAAUAAAGGUUUGCAUGGAUUGUCCAGGGCAAACUUCCAUUUUCUCAUCAAACCCAGCAAAUGAUAUGAAAGUGUUGGUGAAGUUUUGUCACUCACUGAAAGUUAAUGAUACAAUCAAACCGCGCUUUACGGAGGACCGCUUUUAAGUCAGACACCUCAUUGACGCGGACAGUUUGCUUUGCCUCUUGGGAAAAAAGCCCCUACAUUUUCUCCAAAUACGGACACCCCGUUAAUAUGGACACUUUCUAUGGCUCCCUCAAUAUCCAGGCGGUGUUGGACACGGUCCACGUGACCAAUUUUGUCCAAUCACAUCAUUGCAGAUGGCGGAAUGAUUCUUUCACCUUUGUGCGGGUAGUCUCUUCGAUUUUCUUCGAUUUUCGCCGUUUAUCAAGUGAUUUACGAUAAUUUUUUUGGAAAAGUUUGAGUAGACAGAUGUAGCAAGCCGCAGUUCUUAAAACAAUAUGAUGUAUGUCUGUUUUCUAUUGAUAUUGUUCGUUGUAAUUCUUCAUGCGCAUAAUCCCUUUGUUUAGUUAAGAGCUAUUGUUUAUGCUUUUCAGUCUACAUCUUCUAUGUGUUCAACGACCCCUGACCUCCAUUUUUAGCAUAAUCUAUUAGUUUUGUUGUUCAAGAAUCUGAAAUGGUCGGCGGGCCCCAGCGGGCCCCGCCGUUUUACGGGUCAAAAUGCCACUUGAAGUAUACCUACGUGCGUGAAUCGUGACUCCAUUCCGCGGCAUCUUUAGUAUUAUAAAUAUACUCGCGCGGUCACGAUCGAACCAGCUUAGAAUACUUUCACUACACGAUCAGCUCAGAAUACUUUCUUUCAUUUCCUUUUUAUUCAUCUUUAAAAAUAUGAUAUUUUUUUGUAAUAUAUAUGUCAUCGUAGCGGCCCUUAGGCCCUCCGUUUUGAAUAGUUCCUUGGCUUCUUCCUUCUGCCCUUGUCCGCAAGGAGUUAAACCUUCUGUAUGCGAGAUUCUUCAUGAUUCCUAAUAAAUCAUACAAAACAUAACGAACAGAUAAAACUGAAUUCAUACGGAAAAAAAUGACUAGAAAACCUCCGCUAACUUGCUGUUGUCCUCAACAACAACAAGUUAGAGGAGGAGGAUUCUACAUUUGCCUUGGCCUCCAGCUUCUUCUGGAAAACCAGAAUAGGUUGCAUAUUAUUUUCGAUGGGAAGAUCAGUAUCCUUCAUGCACAUGUCAAUGUACCUGGAAAAAGAAAUCUGAGGUGAGAAGAGCGCUAAAGAGAAGCUUACGUUUAAAAUCAAGCACUUUAGGCACAUGUAAGAACGAUGUGUUGAUACGUACCGCGUUGCUUCGAUCCCAAAAUUAUCUCUUCAACACAGAAAAUAACAGUUUUGUGAAGCCAGCAGUAAACUUCGAUUGCGGCCACCUUUCCAGAGAAAGAUCUCAAAUGAACAUCGCAUGUUAUGUCCUUUAAAAGCGGAAGAAGACCUGUAAUGCCCAUAUCAAACUAUUUCUCCCGGUAUUUUUAUGGCGUAACGAGAGAUGUGAACAAAGCGAAGGUCAGAUGCAAAUGAGCCGUUUUUUGUUUUUUCCCCAUGAUGCCCUUCGGACCGUGUCCAACACCGCCUGCUCAAUAUCCGUAUUAAAGGAGUUUGACUAUAUUGAAAACUGUUUUGCUUUCUUGGUGUUAGGCCGUAUCUGCUAUGCGUAUAGAACUCCGCUUGUAACUAUCUACGCUAAACUGAUAAUCUGAAAUAUGUCUUUUUUAAUAUGUAGAUGAUCACAGCCGUGUGAUACUGAAAUCUGUAAGAGAUACACCAGGAUCAGACUACAUCAAUGCUAAUUAUGUGGAUGUAAGUGUAUCAUUGAACCCGCAUAUUGGCAUCUUCUAGAGUUAUACCUCCACCGAAAACAAAGAAACCAUAACUUAUUCGAAUAAACAUCGAAGUUCAUAAAUAGAAAACUGCAAGAAAUUGCUUCUCUCUGCUUUGAAACUCCAAAUUAUUGGAAAAAUCAUUACGUUUAUUAUUAUUAUUAUUAUCAUUAUUAUUAUUAUUAUUAUUAUUAUUAUUAUUAUUACCGUCAAUAAUCCUUUUAAGGGAAUGUUGACGCUUGUCAAAAGUAGCAGCAAUGAAUAAUGGCAGUUACCAGAUACUAACACUCUAUCCGCCUAGAUUAGCCCUGAUAUUUGAAAUAAAGUUGAUAUUCUGGUACAUUAGCAUUUUCUUCCCACUUCUCAAAAGAAAGUUGGAAUUUAAAGGUUAUUUAUAACAGUUUUACGUCGACGUUUUUACAGUGAUAAUAUUCCUGGUUUUCUGUAAAAUCCUGUAAAUAUUUUUGAAUUUCACUGUAGGGUUACAGCUCUCCAGUCAAGUACAUUGCAACCCAAGGUAAAAGUUUUUUUUUUUCUAUUUUACCAUUGGUAAGUUUUCGUCCAGUCUUUUAGUUAACCUAGAUGAAUUUUCCUUUUCCUUUGUAGGGCCUUUGAAAAACACAUUGAACGAUUUCUGGCGAAUGAUUUGGGAGAAAAACGUUAAAACAAUAGUCAUGAUUGGUAUGCAAAACGAGGUAUGUACAUUGCCUUUAUUUGUUUAGUAGUACCAUGCCAUUUUUUCUUCUUCUUUUUUUGACUGCGCAGCAGGAUUAAGUUGAUACAGCGCUUGAAUGCAGAGCUGGAGAUCGCGAGUUGGAUUCUCGGGGCCAGACCAUCACUUGUGGUGUCACGGGGUCUUAAUAAAAAAUAACAGUGAAAUGAAGGUACUGCCUUUGCCUCGCGAGGGACUAGAUGCUUCGCGUGGCUCGUAUAACAGGCCACAUAAAGCCCCCUCUCUAACAGUGGGCGUAAAAAUAGUGUCCAAAAUUAGUACCUUACUUCUAAAGAAAGUGCUUUUUUUGCCAAGUCCGUCAUGUUUCAGGUUCACGUCUCACUUUUCUGUUGUCGUACCUUUUGGUUCUCUGUCGACCCGUUAACUAGUGCAUGUCCCAGACCCGCCUCGACCCUAGACCCUGGUCAUUACCCCAAUUCAAAGAUUCCACCCCCCUCUCCACCCUCUUGUUUCAUGAUCCCUUUAGCGCGGCGAAAAAUGCGUCAUUCCCUUCAUUUACCUCGGUCUCCACUCGUUCUCAGGGCUGCAAUAGGGACUUCAAGAUGCCACAACGGCGACGACAACAAGAACAUCAAAAAAGCAGUAGGCUAAAUAGGCAAAACAAAAACUCUGCACGCUUUGUACAUUUUUUGCCGUCACUGCACGACUACGACAGGAGAAUGCUUAAUUUCACGUUUUAUGGAAGACGUAAACAAGGGAGGGCUAAAUUUUCUUUCUGUUUCUAAACUUCAAGAGUAUGGUUCUUAGGAAUUCGGCUCAAAAGGAGUUCGCUUGUAUUUGGCAAAGUAAACGAGAUGGAGUAAUCGCGAUAGAGAUUGAAAGAACGCAAAUUCACUUUUUAAGUGACGUUUUCGUGGCGGUCCCCGUCGUGGUAUCUUGAACUUCCUAAUAGGCUGAUUUAGCAACAGAACGGGAACGUCAGUUGACGACGGCUCGCGCAAAUCAAACAACUGGCUUGAUCAAUGGCAGAGUGGCAAAUUGGGCACCGGAAGUCGAGUUUUAGUCCUUUCCGCGCGCUUUCCCGUCUUCAAAUGACGUUCCCGUUCUUUUGCUAAAUCAGCCCAAACUCCUUGGGGACGGAUAAGAUCUUUUUGGGUCAAUAUGGAGCAAUCCAGACUAUGCAUUUCUGAACCAAUUCUGCUUUCAGUUUAAGGAUUUAAGUCAGUAAGGCCUAGGUCAAAAGUGGAACUUUUCAGGAGACGUAACAAACUUACUGAGUUAAGUUCAUGGAAAGUUCGACGUUUGGCCUUAACCAAAGCAGCGAAUUCAGUAAGGAUGGAUCGCUGCAUAGAUACCUAGUUUCGGAAAUUUGAAGGAAAGUGUUAAAGGCGUUGAAUGAUACUGUGAAUCGCGUGGAAUAAGAUCGAGACGAUAUCAAAGUUAAUAUUUAUUGUUGUAACAUACAAAUUUUAUCCUGAUACAGCAGGAACCGACCUGCGAGAGAUACUGGAACGAGACCGAGCCCACAAAGUAUGGUCAUGUGAAUGUUUCAUUACUAAGCAGUUGUGUAAUGACUAACUGGAUAGUCAGGGAGUUUAUUAUCUGGGUAAGUAGAAAUAUUAAAAGAGGUUACACACUAUAGACAUAUCUUUUCGAUGCGCUGACAUCUCUUAACAGUCAAUUAUUCUUUUAUCUCUCCUAAUGUCAAAUUAACAUCAUUUGGGAAUAAACCCGAGCGAAUUCAAUUUAUACGUUGAAGGUUGAUUCACUCGCGUGCAUCCCUGAAAGAGCGCCUACUAAAACAAAUUAAAGACAGACAAAUCAAGUUGAUAUAAAUAUGUCCAGAGUCUCCUUGUCCAAAUUAUUUACAUUAUUGCCUAAAACAUCUUCUUAUAUUUGCAAAAAUGAAGUCAACAGAUUCAGAGAGUUCAGAAAAGCGAGAUAUAUUCCAGUACCACUUUACCUCCUGGCCUGACCACUCGGUUCCACGGGAUACCUCAGCAUUCUUAAUGUUUCAUCAUAAGUUGAGAAGUGCCCUCGCUGUCGAUCCAGGACCUAUUGUGGUUCACUGCAGGUAUUUAUUUAUUUGUUUGUUUAUUUGUUUAUUUAUUUAUUUAUUUAUUUAUUCAGGAGCAAAUUUAAAAUUGAUGUGUUUUCGUUAAUAACACUCAGAGUUUAGUGUGGAUGGAAGGUCUAACGCAUCGAAAUGUAUCCGUUUUCAAAAAAGAGCGCAUUAAUGUAGACGGAACCUAUGGGUGUUACCAAAUGCUCGUUUUCAGUGUCUGCGUAGGAUGGACUCGCAACUAACUAUCAGGGCAGGGCAAUAAAGAAAGUUUGCAAUAUUGAGCGUUACAUGGAGCGCCCGUUGGAAUCAUUGACCCCUCAACGAAAUUAAAAGAGUUCCCUCCAUGUUCAAUAAGACAUUGCCGUGUCUGUGUUUAUCAUUUCCAGCGCCGGUGUUGGUAGAACAGGGGCUUUUAUAGCUAUUGAUUCUCUGAUGGAACAGAUGGAAGCCGAAAAGAUCGCUGACGUGUUUGGAUUUACAGCGCGAAUGAGGAAGCAAAGAAACUACAUGGUACAGACACAGGUAUGAUCUCAACUCUUUUAGGCUGCAAACGCAUAGUCGCUUCUCUCGGGUGACAAAGAAAUGAUCGGAAAUACGUCUGUGUCAGCAGGCUACAACUCUUCCAAACUUCUAAUUUUAUGAAUUAAAGUAUGAAUAUACUAAUUGUAACCAGCUUUCCACUCAAACCGGCUUACUUGCUUUUACGUAAAAACACUUAGAGCCGGUUUCAUUUAAUAUAAAAUUAGCCACUCCUACACAAUUCGCCUGUAUCAAUUUACCCAACGUUAAAUAAAUAAUCUUAACAUGUUGUUUAUUGGUUUUUUCAAAUUUUUAUUUAUUGACUGAUUUUGUUUUCGUCAAAUCAGACUUAACUAACCGAGUCUUGAUGUUCCUUGGUUCGGGCCUUGUGUGACGUGGCAGUCUCUCCUAUAUCUGGUUAGGGACGUAACUAUUCACGUAGAAGAUGAUAAACCCCUUCACGCUUUUUCAUCUUUUUGCUAUGUCCUUCAGUUGAAGGGGUCCUUUUUUUUGCAAACUGCACUUCUCACCUUAUCGCGUUUGUCAGCCACCAACAGCUCAUCUGAUUAAUACCACUGUUGGUUAAAAACUGGGCCAAUCAACUAGAAGGCAAAAAUGUAAAGAAAAUAAACAGUCUUUAUGUCUCUCCAUAGGAACAGUACUGGUUUAUUUACGAUGUACUGAAAGAUGCAUCUGUCUGUGGAACCACAACUAUCUCUUCAAAUGACCUGGGUAGUGGUUUACUUUGUGUCUCAGGGGAAGAGCCUGAGGUUGCUGAACAAAGGGCAGCAGAAUUUAAGGUACGUCCUGACAAAGACUCCCGCAGCUUAUAUUUAAAGAAGUUCUUCCACAUUAUUUCGCGUUCAUAUAUUUCUCUUCGUUAAAAGUAAAAUUCUAGAAAAAAGAAGAUUAAACGGGCUUUGUCAUUAAAAGGUCUACAUUUUUAGUCAAAGAUGAGAUGAAAUUUUCUUCAUUCCGUGUAAGUAUGGCAACAUUAAUGAAAAAAAUGGACAUUAGAUAAUCUCCUUUUUAAAAGCAACUUCUUCGGAAAGCCGUUUACAAUAGAAAGCUGAGCUGAAAUUUUAACUAAGUAUCCUCAGACAUCUCUUUUAAUACUUGGAGGUCUAAAAGAAUGAUACAAAGGAAACGAAAAACAGUUCGAGUUAGCGUGGAUUCAUUAAGAAGAGAGCGUGAUUUAGCUCCUUUAAGACAGUGACCCGUCUCUUUUUAAGGUUAGCUUACUCUUGAGUAGACAUGGUCACACCAUGAGUUGUGCCCGAAUUUCUAACCUCACUUUAGGCAAGGUACAGCCCUGCAAUCAGUGCCAAAACUUUUUCAGUUUGCCCAUAGGAUAAAGGGUGGGUGCAAGAAUAAAAAGGAAGCUAAGGCAUCAUGAUCUGAGGAACACAAUUUUUAUUUGAAUGUUUGUCAUAUAACGAGGGUAGUAUCACUGCCAAAUGGUAGACCAUGACUAGAAACCGUGUAAAACCAUGUAAAACCAUGGUUAAACAUGGCCUAUCCAAGGUCCUCUCACCGGGGGUUCGCCCUAUCUCGUUCUUAAUACUAGUUGUCGUCACGGCAAUUAGCUCAUUCUUAAGAGUUAUGGGGGUAGCCAAAAACUCGUGAAGUCCCCCUCCCCCUGCCGAAUUUUAAAGCUGAAUGCUUGUGACUCAUGCCCCGAUCUGAAUACUGCCCUGAGUGGUAAUUUUUCUGUCUGUUGUUAAGCUGUCUACUAGUCGUUCUCGAACCAUUUAGUAACACUUUGUACGCUUGCUGUAUGUAAAAACAGCCCAACAGAAAAAGAACAGAGCGUGAUUUAGCUCCUUUAAUACAGGAAAGAACAACAAGAUUAGUAUUUCUUUUUUUUUUUGUUUAUAAUGUAAAAAUUAACGAGUGAGCAGAUUAUAGGUGAUAAUAUUUUGUCACUAAAUGUACCUUUGACGGUUGGUUUGUCUUUUUUUUUCUGAUUAACAGAAUCUUCAAGUCUACUCUACCGACUUGCCAAUUUUCAAGGACGCCUUAGUUCGAGAAAACACAACGAAAAACCGUAGUCCUGAAAUACUACCCUGUAAGUAAAGAUUGUUUUAAAAGCAAUUUCUUUGGAAAAGAAGUUUACGAUAAAAGGUAUUGCCUUUCUUUCUUCUCCUUGACCUCGUACAGGUGGAAAUAAUUGAUUUCACUGUUUUGUACGUUUGUUUAAUUUUUGUGCUAGAUGAGGUUGCCCAUUAUAUUUGCGGUAAGGUGCCGUGCCUCGCACUAAGAUUUGAAGCGUUAGCUUGCAUGCCUGCUUGUUUUCGUAACUCAUGUUUACUUUUCCUUUCUCUCUCUCCUCUUUUUUUCUUUCCUUCUUCCUAUUAAGUCAACCACAACAGAGUUCAUCUUACGACCAUUCCUGGAGAACCCGGAUCAGACUACAUCAACGCCAGUUUCAUUGAUGUAAGUUGACGCCGCUCGUUUCACCAUACGGGGUUUUUAACUAGUAUAAACAAGUACAGUAAAAUUCCGAAAAUAAGCCCCGGGGCUUAUAUUUUUCAAAGGCCCUUUUUGAGGGGCUUAUUUUCGGAGGGGCUUAUAUUCGAAGGGGCUUAUCUACGGAGGAAAUUUGCGUUUCAAAAUCGAUUGGGCUAGCCUUAUAAUUGGAAGUAAAUUUACCGUUUUUGCUUUGUUUUACUUUGUAUUUGAGGACAAUUUUCCAAGUACAAGUCCCCGGGGGCUUAUAUUUGGAGGGGCGAUUUAACGGAGGGUUUUUUGCGUUACCGGUUUGGGGGGCUUAUAUUUGGAGGGGCUUAUUUUCGGAAUUUUACGGUAUAUUAUAAUAGGUGACGAAUUAACCCUUAAUUUUGGGGAGAUAGUUUUAGUAUUAAUUUAUAUUUUCACAUGAAAAAUUACAAAGUUGCCAUUGCAAAACCUUUCGUACGUCUAAGUGCCAAGAUGUCGGGAAAUUUUUAAAACGGUAGGAAUUACGAACAAAGUACAUCAAGAAGGAUUCUAAAGGCCUAAAGGCUUAUUACAUGUAAGGCUCCGGAAAUUAUUAAGGUCAGUACACACCAGGCGACAAGUUGCAGCAACAUGCCGCGAAGACACGUCGCAGCGACAAAUCGCUUCGUGUGUACUGGAAAAUUUUUGUGAAAAUCUUUUUCUCUUCUUAUGGAAAUUAUGCUUAAGAAUACGUAGUUAGCAUAAGAACAACAUUAUUUACAUAAUAAAGCAGGAAGGGUUGUGUCAAAACAAGGUCAACCCUAUCCUCGUUUUUACCUCACCAGCUGUAACUGUAAAAUGACGCCAUUUGAUUACACAUACAAAUUACUUUUGAGCCAGCCUAAACAUCAGCCUUCACAUAAACCAAACAUGCAAAAACGAAAUUUAUAAGUGAUGCUAAUCCAUCUGUUGGAAUAAUGGUUGCUGGUCACUUGACCUCAGUAGGUCAAGUUCAGGCGAAGUUCAGUUCAUUGUGGUUUCUGCUAUUGGCGAGUUUUAUUUUUGUUUCAAGUUGUUUUUCCUAUUUGCCUUUUAGGGCGGAAAAGUCUUCUUCAAGGAGACGCUUUCGGCCUAAAAUGAGAGAUUCUGAAUUGAAGAUUCAGCUUUACUUUUAUUGUUGCCGUUUAUUUUUGCCAGAGUUACAACGAAGGUAGAUUAUACGUCGCCACUCAGACACCAGUCUCCAACACUGUUGACGACUUCUGGCGCAUGGUAUGGGAACAGCGGUCAACUAUAGUGGUCAUGCUCAGUGAUUUAACAGAUAAUGAAAUGGUAAAGCAAUUUUAAGACAACCAAUUAAACCGUAUCAAUAGACCUUAUCGGAGUCCCCCUCCCCCCUUUUUUCCCUCCAUUUUUUCUCUCUAUUUUUUAAGAGGGCAAUUGCGAACUAUUUGAUAUGAAAAAAAAAUAAUUGUCUUCAAAUAAACCUCAAUUUUCCAUUAAAAGUUUUGCUCUUGGCCGCACUAUGAAAGUGAGGGUUUGGGAAGUGGGAAAUUACCUACAUGUUUUGCAAUUUACGUUUAGAGAACUUGUCUGAUGUAUUCGAUGCAGAUUGUUUCAGUUAAAACGUAUUAUUAUUUUAUUAUUUUAUUGUCCUUUUUUGGCUAGUGACUUAUCAGGUUAGUUGGUUGCACGUACGAAAUGGCAGUGUUAAAAGAAGGUUUCAACGGGAAAUGACAGAGAUCUUGACAAAAGAAAAAUCUAUCUUAUAACAGUAAUUCUAGUAUCUCUAGACUUAAACCUAAGGACCAAGAAGCUAGGUGUCACUGAACUCAUCUAUAUUUAAAAAAGAGAACGCACCAGUAAAACUAUACUGGCUGGCUAACUGACUGUUUAAAUAAUUUAACGAUACGUACAAAUAAUUGUCUACGUAAGGAGCACGAUACUCGAUAUUGGCCAGAAGAGGGAUGGAGCAAGUAUGGAAGGUUGCGAGUGGCGAAAAUCGAUGAGGAGCGACUGGAGGACCACACCCAAAGAGUUUUUAAACUACGGCGCCAAGGGGUGAGUUCAAAGCAUCAACUACUAACUCUUAAAAUGCCCCCAAAAAUCCUCAGAUUAUAUCACUUACAUUGUCCAUCAGAACUGACAAAUACUUCGCUAUUUUAUUACUUGUUUUCUCUAAAAAGCUAAAGGGUUUCUUCACAUUAUUGGAUUCCAAAAAUCAUGCCCCAGUUUUACUAUUUUAAACUAUCUUUAGGCACUGAAACGUUUUCCUUGUGUAUUUUACUACGGAUGCUCGUGCUGAAAGUAUCUCUCUCGUUCGCUUCGCUCACUCGUGAGAGAUACUUUCAGCACUCGAACAUAAAAUUCGUAUCCCCGCGCGGCCAUGUAAUAUCCUCUAUUUAUUUCACACGCAGAGUGAUGACACUCACCUAUUAUAUCACUUUCAAUACCGCCGUUGGGGGGAAACUGGGCUUCCUCAGGCCCAUUCUCUAGUGUACCUACAGCAACAACUCCACAAAGUGCAGCUUGGGCGAGAACAUCAUGGUCCCAUCAUUAUACACUGCAGGUAUAUGUAACUUGAAAACGGGUCAAUGUAAUUCUGCUCCGAGUUUUUGAUAACCACCCCCCUCCCCUUCCUCCGCAAGUUACAUGCCCAUCUACCAUCUACAUCCGAUUAUAACCUCCCCCCCGGAUAUAAGCCCUCUUCAAAUGUAUUGAAACGAAUUUGAUUUAUUGUCAAUGAACCUUAAAAGCUUUAUUAAUGAAAACAAAUUUUGAUUAGACGGUUAUGAACCCCUCUGAUAUAGGCCCCUCCCUUGCGAUGAGCCCAAGGAUAAAUAUACGGCAGUUUACGGUAUUGCAUUAUGCAUUGUAUAAGUUGCUAUCUACAGGGGUAACUAUACAGCGUUUUCAAACGACCUUGCGGCAGCCAUGUUGUUCUUUCAAACCAGUCCUGUUGGAGUUGACUCUUUUCUUAUAGUAAACACUUUAUUUUGUUCCAAUAAAUUAUCAUAGAUGCUGGACAAGUGAGUGAGAACGCAUUAUAAAGGGGACCAAUUGUGUGGACAGUAACUCAUUCACCUUCUUAACAACUAGGGCCAGUUCUCUUGGUAGCUUUUUGUUGCUGUUAGAGAAAGUAGAAAACAAUACUAAAUCGUUUUCUCUUUAUUGGUGCAGUAAUGGUGAUGGACGCACCGGAGUAUUUCUCAGUCUGUGUUUAAGUAUCGAGAGACUGGAAACUGAAGAUAACGUAGACAUCUUUCAAACCGUACGAUGGCUCAGGUCACAGAGAGCCGGAUUGGUAUCUAGCCAGGUAAAUAAACUUUCGUUUACUUUAUCAGCCUUACUGGGCACAGAUUUACCCAAUGAGGAUAUGCACGAAAGGGACGCAUGGUUUUCAUGCGAGUUGUCCUCCCUCUGACCCAUUCACACAACCCAUGACAGAUAUACAGAAGGGUUGGUCACUGCUGCUACUGUUGCUGCUUCUCCUCCUGCUACUGUUCCCUCUCCUACUCUUGCUCGUGUUACUGCUCCCGCUCCUGCAGCUCCUGCUCCUGUGUCUGCUCUUGCUACUGCUACUGCUCCUACUGCGACUGCUCCUUCCGCUGCUUCUUCUGCUCCUGCUCCUCCUACUCCUCCUGCUACUGCUGCUACUGCAAAUUCGACUGCUCCUGUUCCUAGGCUACUACUGCUCCUGCUACUGCCCCUGUUCCUGUUCCUGUUCCUGCUCCUGCUCCUGCUCCUGCUCCUGCUCCUGCUCCUGCUCCUGCUCCUGCUACCCCUCCCGCUGCCACUACUCUUGCUCCUGCUCUUGCUGCUCCUACUCCUAUUCCUGCGCGCAACUGCUUCGCCUCCGGCUCCUGCUCCUCCUGCUACUGCUCCUUCUAUUGUUCCUGCUUUUGCUCCUGUUCCUACUCCUGCUACUGCUACUGCUACUACGACAUAAGCGGCUUCGUCUGAUGUCAAGUUCGAAAAUUAGCUAGUUUAGCCAACUUUUUCUAUGUAUUUCCGUUGAAUUAUUUUAUUUUAGUGAAAUGAGUUUAGCAAAGUAGCAGCACGUCAGAUGGUACUAAAUCAUGAUUCUGCGGUGGCCUGACUUGCCUUGCUGAAGCAAUAUUGCCGGCUUUAGUAAUGUAACAUCACAGUGGCAAGAGUUUUUGAAGCUGGCUUUAUUAGCCCCUCUAAACGAUCCUUUAUGAUUGUGUUUACUUUUGCAAAUUACGGAAUAAUUCUAGUCGUUAUAGCUAAGUGCCAUAACUUCUGUUUUUUUCUAGUUGCUGCUACCGCGUGUGAUCAAAUUGAUGCCGUUUUAACUCAUAAUUUCUACGUUGUGUUAUAGGAACAGUACAACUUCUGCUACGAACUGAUCAAAAGCUAUCUGGCCUGGAAAACAAUUAACACCAUACAGAACGACUACGUGUGAAAACAAAGCCGCUAUUUCCAAUGUAGAUGAAGGGGAUGAAAAAAGGCAUUAACCCUCUACAGACUCAGUUCUGCUGUGUUAUGGAAACACGUCAUGUUACUGUUUAGAAGCAUAUACAUUUAUAGUGUCAUAAUAGCGUUUUAAGUAGAAACCUUUCCGACGGAAUCAGUAGUUUCACCAUUAGUAGUUCCUGUUUAGGCCAAAAGCCUAUAGUUAAAGUUUUAUUAUAUUCAAGCAUAUUAACCCUUUCCAAAAGUGACCAACAAAACUGUUUUGUUCGUAAAACAAAUUCUCUUUUCUAAUUAUUUGAGGAGAUGUAUGGAGAUCGUUGGAGAGAAUUUGUGUGUGGACAUUGGGAUUGAAGGGUUAAAGUCAAUACUUAAAACUGUGUAGAUACUAAAAGCGUCAGUCAGCCCGUGUGGAGUUGAAAACGAUCGAUGCCGAUUUUUAGACAAUACAACUAAUCAACUUCUUCUUUUGAAAGUCUUCUUUGCUGCUUAAGAAAAAACAUGUCCAAUACAAUGCCCAGAAUGUAACAAAUCCAAUCUCGGCCAAUCUCAAUCUCUGCCCUCUAAAUGAGCUGUCACGAUAAAUCGCCACAACAAAUAAUAAUAAGAGAAUGAUAUGGAUACACAACCGCAGCCUUUUUAGCCUUGGUAGAAUUCGCACAAUUUUGCAAUGUUACGUUUAAAGGCUUGGGUACCAACGAUUGUAUUGACCUAAAAAUUUGGCAUAAACCGUUUAAACACAAAGAAAAUAGACGAGGAGCCAGCUUUUU